AUGCGUUUGGAUGGGGCCGGGGCCAUCUCGGAGCGCACGCCAAUUUCGGCCGGUCACUGUUUCGGAAGUCCGGCGGCGCCAAUGCCGCCGUUGCUUUUUCCGCGCGGCAUUCUCGAGAACGGUCCCCCGGCAGCUGCCGUCCGGCGCGCGUGUUGUUGUUACGGGAAAAUGCCCGGCGAUACCGUAUCGCCCGCGUCUUACGGGCGCCCGGUCCGCCGGACGUGCGCGGUACAACGCGGCGGACGCGAGUCAGAGCCGCCGGUGCGGGUAUCGUAAUACGCCUAGCCGCACAGUAACCACCUAUAGUACCUAGCCCGCCUAUCUAAUAUUAUAAUACCGCUGCCGCGGUAUAUACCGGUCGCCGCCGCCGCCGCCGCCGCCGCCGCGCGUUCGGCGAGAGCGCGUACGUAUGUGUUGUUGGUUACGUCGACGUCGCGUAUACCGUCGCCCCACCACGGCCGGACGGGUUACGUUUUCGUUGUGUGCAUAUAGUUUUGUGUUUUGUAGUGUUUUUUUUUUUAUUUACCACCACCGCCGCCGCCGUAACGGAGAGAGAGCUUGCUGGCCUACUCUGCCGUAACCGCACCGUCGCGUCGUUUGCCACCAGCAGUGUAGUCGUGUACCGCAGCGACGCGUACAAUACACACCGCGGCCCCGGCAGUAAGUUAUUAAAAACGCGCGCGCGUACGUGUACGUCGUGCAGUGUCCGUCGGUCCGGUCCGGUACAAUAACAAUAACAAUAUCGCCACACUCGCGCGCACGUCCGCCGUGCGGUUUUACCACAACAAAAACGUCGCCGUCCGCGAAUCGUCACGUACCUAUAAUAUACACGCACAGCAGUACCGCCGCUGCGCCUUUGGCCGGAUAAAAGACUCGCGGGAAAAAAGUUUACAUAAAAAAAAAAAUAUGUGCACAAGUAUUGUGUCACCUCUAGUCUAGCGAACGCAAUUCGGGUGUUAGGUGCGCGAGUGGCGAGGAUUAUCGCGCGCGCGCGCGCACCCGCGUACAAUAGUUCCGCGGAUAUAUUAUACGUGUCGUCGCUGGAAUUUCACUCUCCGCCGUCGGUAAGUCGUACAAUAAUAUUAUGUUUUUGAUUGUAGGUACAACAAUGUUUACGUUGAUAACAAGCUCUUCGGACGUCUGCGCGGUUUUGUUUCAUCGGUUUUCGUAGAAACCCGCGUCAUUUUCGAAUUUCUGCGACCGCCCCGCAAAAACGUUGCGCCCGUGCGUGCGAACGGUCGCGCGGGAACGUCGCCGUACAGGUAACGCGUCCUUCGCGUCGACGGCGACGGCGGCGGUUUCCUUCCUAUAGUAAUAAUAUGCACUGGCAACUCUGCAGCAGUAAUAUCGAUUGCGUCAAAAAUACUAAUCGUGAAAUACCCUACCUACGGUGUCUACCUACGCACGCGGUCGUCGUCGCCUAGUCACUUUUUCCGAAAAGAAAAAAAAAAUUACCACGCACUUGACCCUGUCGCCACUGCGGGUAAUCGUAGCACGGCCGCCGCCGUUAUGUUUCGCAACGCGCAUAAGUAAUAAUAACGUAUAAUAUUAUUCAAUUAAAUAUUAUACAUAUACAUAAAUACUGCCACCUGCUGCUGCUGCUGCAGGUUCUCUCUUGUAUUAUACGCCGGCAGUCUCGGGUCAGUGCAUGUGUGUGCUGCAGCGCGCGCGCGUGCCCAAACGACGUGUGCGCUAUUCGACUGUUGGGAAAAUAAUAUAGAGGAAAAAAUUACCUACUGAAAAACAAAACAAAAAACUCGCCGUCACACCUGUAAAAUACACCGUGACCGUCGCGGAUCUCUUCCGAACGGGCGCAUACGUCAUACAUGUAUUUCGUCCGCUUUUUUACCAUACACAAUACGUAGGUGCACAUGUUAAAAGCAUUAUAUACGCACAUUAAAGCACUCGUUCUUCUCCGUCGACGGCUUUAGACCCGACGAGUUAUACUAUUUCUUCUAGCUAACGCCUCUCGUCCUGUUCGGGGCAUCCGUUUGUGAUGAAGAAUAUACACUCCGUGUCCACUCCCACCGCCAACAUCCUUAAAUGCUCCGCGAGUAGAUAGACCGAGUUUUCCCCUUAACUUUUGGCCUUUACCCUACAAUUAUCCCUCAGUAAGGUCUACAUAAAAAAAAAUAACGUGUUACAAAAUCUAUACUAAUUCGAUCCCGUUAAUUUUCUAGUGAGACGCACAGUAAGUCCAAAAUCUUACUCUACUGAAUGUCCAUUCGGACCUUUUCAUAAAUACUCUAUUCCUGUCUAUGAUCCAAUAUUUGAUCCAUUAGUAUAUUUAUUUUCACUUAACUCGGUAUCCCACGUCGUCUACACCCCCUCCCCAGCAGUCUUCGUAUAACACUUGUGGUACAUAAUAUUAUCGUAUCUAAACAUCUCCUUUUCGGUUUUCUUCCUUUCCUCCUUUCUUCCACGUUCGUACGUAAAUGUAUACUCUUACAGCCUCUGAAUUCGUAUUUUUUGAUCAUCACGUAAUGCUCGAACCACUUUUCCUUCUAUAUUCCCCAUUCAUUUUAACUAUCGAACAACGCCCAUGUUAGUGGCGGAGCCGUACUUUAUUCAAGAAUCGUUCCAAAGACUUAUAAAUUAUUAAAAAAUCGUUUUAUAUUAAUAAAACGAUUUUCACGGUAGGGUUCAACACCGGAACUCCCCCCCCUCUAGCUACAGUAUUACCCUAUGUUACCGCACACAAAGUUAUUCCUUAUUCCAUCCUCACCUCCUCUUUCCAUCCUUAGCAACUUCACUAAAAUAUCUUUUGGUUUGGAUCUCAGAAUCUGGAUUAAGUUAUUGCGAUUCGGAUUCUGAACAAUUGGUCAAAGUAUUGCUCAGCCCUAGUUCCAAUGACAUAAAAUCUGAUUAAAACAAUUUAAAAUUUAAACAAAGAUAUUAGUAUCGGGAAACCACGAUGAGACAUCUUGAAUUUUUUUUGAAUACUCGUAUUCCGAAAAAAAAAAAGAAAAUAAAAACAAUAGACGUCCAGUGACAACUCGCGUAGCUAGUGCGGCCAAUUUACUUUUAUCCGUCACAAUAUUGCAUUAUCAUUUUCGCUUAUUUUUUUUUUUCGCGCUUGAAGUCAUACUCUUUUCGUACCUUCACACUACGAGUACAUAUAGAGAAGUUUAAUUAUAAAAAAAAAAUAUUAUUUCUUAUUAUAAAUGUAUUAUGUUAUAUCGCCAUUUAUGACGCCCUAAUACAGUUUUUUCCCAAUCGAACAAAUUCAAUUGAAAAAUAACGUCGACUCAUCCGUUAUGGUCCAUUAGCCAUAGGUACCUACCUAUUAUAACACCUCUAUCAGAAUUACAAUAUCAAUUUAAACGUAUUUGCACUGAAAAAUAAAUUUAAACUAUGUAAUAAUAUAUAACGUCGGAUUAAAAACGGCGUUUUAACAAAAGGACAUCCAUCGAUAUCCACGUUUCAUUUUUUUUUCAAUUUUCAUAUUCUAUUAUAGACGGUGUUUUUAUUUUAGAUUUUCAGUAGAUCAAUAAGGAAAAAGAAAAACACGUUUCAAACGAGUAAUUUAUUACUUAUCGGAGAUAUGAAUUGCCAAGUGCAUAAUAGGUUCGCUUACAGAUUUUAAAAUAUGUCAAGAAAAAUAAAAACAAGCACCUAGAGUUAUAUAGUAAUUAAAUAAAAUUAAUGUAAAGACUUUAUACAGACCAUGUCUAACACUAUAACAGUAGUUACGAGUAUUAACAUGAAAUUUGUUUUUACAUUUUUACGCAGAUAUAAAUUUAUUACCUAUUGUUGUAUGUCUUGAAAAAUUUAAAAAUUUGAAUUUAGUUCCGCAUUUAGCAAUUCGUAUAAUUCGAACGAAAAUUAAUUGUUGAAAACCGACUGAGUUACCGACCUGGUACCCACACAUAUUAUUUUAAUACGAAUUAAAUUAGUCACAGUUUUUCGAUAGGAUAGUCUAUGAAACGUUUGAACAGUUAAUUAAUAUGAUUUGUAAUUUUCCAAAUGAAAUAAUCGUACGGUUUCGUUAAAAUUCGUUUAGAAUCGGAAAACUAAAUACAUCCGGCGCCCCGGAGUACCGAAGAGAAUCCGAUAUAAAUAAAAACUUGACAUUUUCCAAAUAUUUCCGAGUAUGACGUAAAGUGUAACGAUAUCGCGUUUAGAAAUGCGUGACGACUAUUCGCAGUGCCUCCACCUCCAUUGGUCGUGUUUAAAAAAGAAAAAAAAAUAUUGUUAUCGUAAUCGUUUAAAGUUUAUGUUACUAUUCGGUGUGCGUGUGAAGGUUUUACUUUGCUAUUUCAUUGAUCGAGUAAAUAAGGGUGACCGUACGUCCUGUAUUAUACGGGAUUGUCCGAUAUUUUGACAUAGCGUCCCGUUGUCUCGACGAAAGUUAUAUGGGACGCAGUUUAUUCCGCUUUUUUAAGUAUGUGUCCCGAAUGAACUAUCGUGCUUUUCCUUACCGUUAAUGCAUAACUUUUGAAAUUUAUUUGUUGUUUUUAUUCCGUUUUUUAACUAACACAAAAACAGUCGAAGACGAAAUUGACGAACCGUCAUCGUUAAAAUAAAAUUGAUUUUGCGUAUAAACAUUAUAUUUGUAUUAAGAAGUUAUUCAUACAGCACACAGUGUUUAUUGUAUUUUUUUCAUAUCAUCAUAUAUGACGUAUAUUAAAGUUUACUUUUUAUACUUAUUAUACAUCACGUUUAAUUUGUUCUUUGUGUGUCCCGUACUUUUAUUUUAUUUUUUCGCUCAUCUUAAAAUAACUAUUAUUUCGGAUUUUAUACCCUGCCCUCUCUUCCCCAUUAAGAAAUCCUGGUUAAACUGAUGACGAUUCAGUUACGUAUAUCGUUAUAUUUUUAACAAUAGUGAUAUUUGUACCGACGUUAUGCCUCUGCGUAUUUCGUAUCGAUCUCUCGUGAUCAUAGACAUCCGGAAGGAGAGUAAGGAGAAUAAGCGUUUUCUUCCCUCUUGGGCUUUUCGAAAUUCGUAAAAUUAAAUGUAAUUAUACAAAAAGAAAAAGGCAACAUCAUAAAAACAUUAGAUACGAUAGGUUGUAAUAUAUAUAUAUAAAUAUAUUUGUAGAACAUGUCGAGUUCUCCUGCACAUACUAUAUUCCAUCAUAUAAUUGCACAGACAUUAAGAAAUAAAAAGAUAUUUUGGAUAUACUGAAAGAAACAACAAUAUUUUAUUACGGUAUCAUCGUCAAAAGUUUUGAGCCACUUCUGAACUUUUAAAGAAUUUUAAUUUUUGGGAGUUUUUUUUUGCUGUAAUUCGGUUAUAAAUACACGUAGAGACUCGAAACUUGGAAACUAAUACUUAUAUUAAACUUAUCUAGACGUGGUAAAAUUUCCAAAAUCAUCGGACGACUUUUUUUUUUAAAAAAAGCGCUUUGAAAUCAAAUUUAAACGAAAAUUGCAAAUAAAAAAUUACGGCACUUCAAAAUUAUGCAUUACCAAACUGCGCUCGGAAUCGUCUUUCGUCAAGUAAUGGUUUAUCGUUGCUUUCAGAUAUAAAUGAAAUAUCUUUAUGCAUCCUACCUUUCUAAUUUUUCACCUACAACAGUGGUAGCUACCGUUCUAGGUAUAUACUACUCUCCCCCUUUUCCCUAGACAAAUUUUUGCGUGUAUUUAUGCUUGCGAUACUACGGUAUAUAAUAUAAUAACGAUGAUAUUAUAUUAUGACGCGAUGUUAUGAAAGCGACACAUUCGGACGGAUGUAAGUUAUAAAAAAUAAUUCAUUGACAAAAGAGUAUUUUAUUGUGGUACUUAGAAAUCAUGUUAUAAUAUACCAACUAAUUGAAUAGAAAAAAAAAAAAAAAGGUUGAGGUAGUCAAAGAAAUAAAUACUAAUAUAUAGACGUAUAACACCAAUUAUAUGUACAAGUCAAAAAAAUAACAGCAUAACAAGACGCAUUUAUGAUAUUGUUAUUGUGUAUACGAUACACGGGUCUGAAUGUAUUUUACUCAAAGGGCCUAGUGCCAGCGUGUUUUUUCGCCUCGUAUUAGUACGAGAAAAACUAGAGGAAAAAUACUCUCGUAUGAAAUGGUCCGAUUUUAACGAUUAAUUAUAUUUUUAUUUUUGAAUUUAGCAACAAUUCAUACAGUCCAUAUUCAAUUCCGAUUUGCAUUAUUUAUAAUCGAAAACUUUAUAGGUAAUACGAUGUCUUUGAAAAAAAAUAUAGAUUUGAAACUUAUUUGUAAGCAAAUGAAAAUCGGACUACAAUGAGGGCUACUAUUAUUUCUCUAUAAUAAAAAAAUAAAUGGCAAACAAAUAUUAAACUGAAAACGAAUUAUUCCUGUUAUAAAGUGGCGUACGAUUUUGUUUCGGGAAAGGGGGAGGAGGAUAAUUUGUUAAGUUAGGGUCGUCCCACCCCACGGUACCGAUUUUAUUGUUGCUAAUGAUGUUGCCACAGAAAAAUUUAACCGUUUUUAAACUAAUUUAACUAAUUUUGAUUAACCAUUUGUUCGUGUCGUACUUACCUGAAAAGAGUAAAUUUUCUGCCUGAUAGUACUUUAUUUGGAUAAUCUUUUUCUAUAUUUUUACCAUGUUGCAUUAUACAAUCUGAAAAAGCUUUAUCCCUCUCAUCCGCAUCCCACAUCUACGCUACUGAUUCAAUAUAUUUCCGUGAAGUUGUAUUCGUACGUGAAAACAGUCGUGCCUCUUAAAUGGUUAUCGUGCAUUAAAUUAAUAGAUAAUGUUUAUUACUUAAGCCCUGUGAAAGUAGCAAUUAUAAUGUGAAACUAUCAAAUUUUACUAAAUUUGAUAAACCGCCACCAGGCGCCAUAAUAAUUCGAGUGGGUCGAAAAACGAAUUCGCCAAUAACUUUGAUUUAAAAUGUAUCACGGAGUCAAUUGCCGUCAAUUAGGUACUACGAGAAUCGUCUAAACGAUUAAAUUCCUAUAGAUUUGUUCUUGCAGCAAUGAAUAUUUAUGUAUAGGGGUAAGGUCAAAUUGCACUACGAUUAAAAAAAAAGUAAUGGCCUAACUGCAAUAAGGUCAAACAAGGUUUACAACAAAAAUAUUUGAAAAAAAAAAACAAAAAACUUAAUUUUAAGUUUCGCGUCUAAGUCAAUAAUACGAAUAAUAAUAACGAAAAUAUAAUUAUUAUUAUCGAUAAAAAAAUAUAUGCCUAACGACACACACUGGUUGACGACAUAUUAUUACAAAGUCGCCACUUACCGAAUGGACACUGACCAACAGACCAAAUAAAUAGUUUUUUUUUUUUUUUAGUCAUACCUGUUCACUUGUGACGGUUACGUUUGUCAGGUUGCGUUUGGUUGGGCAACACUAUAGAUAAUUUGGCGCGAAUCGUUUAUACACGCACAAUCCGGAUGAUAUUCGUCCCGAGUUUACGUAAUCGUAUUGGUUCCGACUAGAUUUUUUUUUCUCAUUAACUAAUUUGUCAUUAAUCUUAUUUUAACUAAUUGAGCAUAACGAUGAACGAUGGUAAUUUUACUUUCUCGAUCGUAGAAAAAACAAAUCGGAUUAAAUUAAAGCGAGUGACAUUUACUUACACGUGCACUUAUAUAAUAUUAUUAUUACAAUAACAUAGAUUAUGAUUGGUAGGUACGUCACAUCCGUGUUUAAUUUAUACAUUUAAUCGAAAAAUUGUUUUGGAGAUGAGGUGUCUACGAAUUAAUUUUGUCUAUUCUGCGUUUAUUUCGCGUAUAAAUCGUAUUAAAUGUUAACGAGUAGGUACGUAAUAUAGUUUUGGAAUAAUUGUAAUUCCUUUCUGCAGUCUGCUUCCUUAAAUAUAGUUGGUAUACUACCACUAUUAUAAAUAAAUUAUUUCGGUUUUUUUUUCCAUCACUUAUCGAACGCAUGCGUAAAUAACCGAAAUAUUUCCCAACAAUGGUUUUACUCGUAAAAAGUCCGAGAAAAAACACAGAUCAAAAAGUCGUUUUUAUUAUCCUAUAAGAUUUGUACAGUGAAUACAAUGUAAAUUUUCAAUGCCAGAUUAUAUUAAAAUCGUUAAUAAAAAGUCCCAAUUAUACUGUAUUUUUAAGCGUUUUUAUGGCUUUUGAUUACUCUGCCGUUUAAAAAUGUUAGAUUAGUAUUAUUUAAGUGAUAAUAACAAAACCAACUACCUACUACAGUAGCCUAUCCAACACAUGGUUCAAAGUACGUCCGAAUUUUUAAAAUCAAUCUAAUUAAAUUAUUGAUUAAAUUAAAUGUCAUAGGUGUGCGCAGAUUUUUUGAACAAAUACCACAGAGUUAUAGAUAGUAAAAUUAUAAUUAGAAAAUCAUCUAAGACCGGUGUUGUAGGUCAUGUAGAUUACUGUUGUAGUUGUUCGUUGUGUAGGACGGCUGUCUUAUCGUUGUUGUAUAAUGUAUAUGUGUUUAUGAUAAUAAUGGUAAGUAAUGUUUUUUAUUUAUUUUUUUCUGUAGAAGCAAACGUAAUUUUUUCUGAAAAGUAUACCGCACCCAUACCCACGCCUAUGUUCAAUAUUUGAAAUGUUUAAAAAAAUUAAAAAUCAACUUCACCAAAUUAUCCAUCAAUAAUAAAUAGUAGAAACCCGUUAUAAAUAAUUGUUGAGUUUUACUUUUAUAAAUAAACACAAAUAAGAGAGGGUUAGGGAGCCUUGUCACCCCAAAAACAUCCGAACUCACCCCUCCCCCCACUUAAUCAUGUCCUUAUUCAAGUAAAUAUGAAGUAUAUACGUAUACAUUCUUUGUUAUAGGGUGCUAAGCCCAAUUAAAUAUUUUUAUUUUUUGCGCCUAUGCUUUUAUUCGAUUCGUACACAAUACAUCCGCAUAAGGCCCGCGGACGAGUUUUAUACGGGCCGCAGACAAAUAGAAAAAAAAAAAUGAACGUAUAAUAUGAUAUUUAGGUAUAAUCAAUUUUUGUUUUGCAUUAUUUCAAAUAUUAGUAACAUAAUUAUGUUCUUAUUGCUUUCAAUUCUAUAAUAAUACCAGUGUCCUAUUAUAUGUUAAAAAUAUAUACUUUGAAUUAUGAUGGCCCGUGAAAAGUUUUCAGGUCCCCAAUAUAAUAAUGUGGCAAUUCAAAAAUAAUAAAUUUGCGACACCUGCAAUAGACAGUUUAUAGGUAACGAUUACUGUUGGUGUUUGAUUGAAACUAAUAUAUUUUGUUUCUAUAACAGUGUAUGUAUGUAAUUAUUUCUAUUUCAUUUCAAUAGUCCAUCAUCGAUCGAAAACUCGUCGUUUUUAACGAAAAUGUCACAAACAACCUUGAAAAUAGCACAAUUUUUAUUACGUGUAGUUAUUAUGCUAAUGUUUUUUUUUUUGUGUUUUAAAUAUAUCUCGUCGGACGUAUUAUUAUUAUUAUUAUUGUUAUUAUUAUUAUUGUACCACUAACAAUGCAAGUAGACGUGCAUGCGCGGUAUAAUAUGCAUAUUUGCAUUGUUAUUACCUGCCUAUAAUAAUAAUAUAUUUCGAAAUAUUAUUUACAAACUCGAAAUUAGAUUAUUAUAAUAAUUAUUGUACACUAAUUAUUUAUUUGGAAAUACUAAUUAAAAUCGAUACAACAAAAAAAAUAAAUAAGUACGUAGGUAUAGGUUAGGUACGUUUAAAUAUAUAUAUAUAUAUGUAUUAUAUAUACGUCAUAAUACUAUCGAUUUUGAUGGUUGUGCGUUAUUUUUUUCUUUCUAUAAAAUAAUAAAUUCUAGGUCGACGAGAUGAAUCACGAGCUAUUUUUUUUCUCCGCGAUAAACGAAGUAUAUUAUAUUAUUGUAUUUUCAAAAUUAUAUAUAUAUACGUAUAUUAUAGAAUAGUAAUAUAACUCUUCGUGUACAGGUACGGAUUUCUUUGAUAAUAAUUAUUGUAUAAGGUCUUGUACAUGAUAUCGAUCGCGAACUACGAUAAAUAGGUCAUAGUAUUACGCUAUUAUUAUCAAUAUUAAUCUAUCAAACAAAAUAAAUAGUAAAUAUCAAAUUAAUAUUUUAUUAAUCGGAACUCAUAUAUUAUACAGAGUAUUAUGUUAAGAAAAAAAAAAAAAAAACCAACGAGAGUAAAAUUAAUUUGUCAAUAAAUUAUUACGUUCCGGUAAUAAUUACCGCGAAACGAAUCACGGCCAUAGGUCAAAUGUAUAACGAUAGCGAAUGGGUUAUUUAUGUUUUAAUAUUAUUAAAAUUUGGCAAUAAUAUUACUGUGUAUAGUGUACACGCCUACUGUAAACCUAUCUAUAUGCAUACAAUUAUAUGAAAUAGAAAAAAAAAAAACAUACGAAAAAUGGAUAGACCUCUGUUGCGUUACGCGGAUAGAUUGGUGGGUAAGAUUUGCGCAAGUGUAACCAGAAGAUCUGACGCCUGAAAUAAUUUUGGUUUCGUUUUAUGUAUUAAAGUUUUAUUUUUCAUUCGUAUUGAUUUCCAAAGACUCUCGCCAUGAUUCCUCUGUUUUAUACGUAUUUUUUAAAAACCUAUACAUAGACAAUUUAACUUUUUAAAAAAUCUGUGAUUUUGCCAUUUUAUCGUAUAAAUGUUUUCGAAAAAAAACGGUCGGUGUUUAAAAUAUUAACUAUUGAUGAAUUGUUAAGUUUCUACAAUUUGUUGAAGUUUACAAUAUUUAUUAAAAAAAUUGUUUUUCAUGAACGAACUGGCGAAAUGGUCGAUGUUAAUUGUAUAGUAGUGACAACGAAAACAAUUUAAAUCAUCGUAAACUUCGACAAAUCGUAAAAAAUAAACAAUUCAUCGUUUGCAAACAUUUUUAUAAAAAUACUGGAUUGGUAUCAUACAUUUUUUAAAAACGAUUUUUAUUUUUUAUUUACAAAAAAUAAAUUAUAAAAUAGAGAAAUCAUAUCACAAGGAGCUUUUGUACCUUUAAGAUAUCGCGUGAAAAAUUCAUUUUUACUAACCCGAAAAGUGCAUUUCGAGAAGUAAAAUAAUGCGAACACAUAUUUUAUAAAACUAAUACAACUUCUUCGUUAUAUUCAAAAUCUAAAAAAUUUGUUUAUUCGAGUAUUACAGUAUAUAUUAUUAUUAUUUUAUAAUUUUUGAUAAGAAAAAAAACCAGUUUACUUUCCACAUUACAUAUAAUAUUGUGUACCUUUAUCGUUUAUUGAACCAAAGUAUGAAUUAUUGUUCGGUGAUUUGCUACGUCGAUCACAUUUUUAGUGACAAUAAUAAUAAAAAUCGCGUCUUUCACAAAAUAUUUGUUCGACACGACAUACCGACAAAAAUUUAUAGGAGGCUCGUAAUAAUAUAGAUACGUUUCGUACGUGCUCCGCUACAUUCAAUUCAAUAUAAAUUCACAACGUUUUCAAUUUUCCGAAAUAUUUAUACAGUAAAAUAAUAUUAUCAUUACUAUACAACGGUAAAAAUUACGAAAAAAAAAUAAAAAUAAACCUCAACAAACGCAUUAUUGCUGCCCGUUAUUCGAUUAUCAAUUUAAUAGAACGAAAUUAUUUUUACUCAUUAUUAUAUUUAUAUGUACAUUAGGAAAGAAGGCAUAUCUCACCCCUUGACCUUUUCUUUUUUUCUCAUACCGUUUUCAUGAUUCACUAUUUUAUAAGUAUUCAAAAUGUCUACUUUUAAGACGGAAAUAUCAAAAAUUGUACAAAUAAACGUUACCACGUAUUGCGUUAUAUUGACAUCGCUGCAAUAUUUUAAUUUCAAUACCUCCAUUCCUCAAUAAAAUCGCCAAAUAUGUUACUGUAGUACCUGUUAAAAUAUUUAGUACUAUUGUUGAGUAAUAGCAGUAACAAUUCAUAUUGAAAUCCGUAUAAUAUCUAAUUUUGAAAAAAAAAAUCGGAAAAAUAUUGCUAUAAUUGUCAAUAGUCACUUAAUAGGAAAUUUAUUAGUUUCUAUUCUUUUGGCCAAAUCUGAAUAAGAAAUUAUUCAAAGUUUUAAAAGAAGUUUUUUGGUUGGCAAUUAAUUUCACAUAAAAUGAAAGUACUUUGAGUGAUGUUGUACAGAAAAAUAAAAUUACGUGAAAUAUCUCACAUGUGCAAGUGUCAUAUACGACGUGGUAAAAUUUCCAAAAUCAUCGGACGACUUUUUUGUUUAAAAAAAGCGUUUUUAAAUCAAAUUUAAACGAAAAUUGCAAAUAAAAAAUUACGGCACUUUAAAAUUAUGUAUUACCAAACUGCGUUCGGAAUCGUCUUUCGUCAAGUAAUGGUAUAUCGUUGCUUACAGAUUGAAAUGAAAUAACAUUAUGUAUCCUACCUUCCCAAUUUCUCACUUACAAUAGUGGCCGCUCCCGUUCUCAAUAUCAGCUCUUUUAUUUUUUCUGGAUUUAGGUAUACCAAAAUCUCAAAAUCAUAAAUUUGAUACCCUGGAAAUUUGUUCGUGUAUCACGAUAUAAUAUACUGAGUAAUUAUCUUGUCACGAACCAACAAACGAUAACUAUGCAAUUUAUUACCCUUCUCCACUACUCCGGUCUAAACUUUGAACUAUUAUAAGUCGUAAGCAGUGGAUCUGAUAUCAGUUAUAUGCAUACUAAAAUGUCUAGAAAAACAUUAUCUAUUUGAAUCUACGGUUGAACGGAUGAGAUGUCAUUUAAAAAUACAAAGUGAAUAUUCAUUUCGGGUACACGGAGGAGGAAUGAUCAAUUGAAAAUAUUGUUAAAAUAAAAAUUAAACGAUUCCAUAACGAUUAAAAAACUAAUAAUCAAAUUCACUUAAAACCCUUCCAGAAAAUGUUUGGUUUACGAUAAAUGAAUCACUCUGUAUUUGACUAGCAAUGGUACACGUAUAUACCUAUAGCUUGUAACAGGUAAUGAGGACCGUAUACGUAAUCGUUUAUUCGAUUAGGCUCCACAUAAUAAUAUAAUAUUCAUUUACCUGUGGUCAUUUAAAGUAUUUAACGAUAAUAGUUCGACAACCGUGUGCCAGUAUAGAAUUUCGAUAUUCGGUUACGAGAACGAUUCGGAACAAACAGUAGUCAUCGUUGUACAAUUAUUAUUAUUAAUAGCUAUACAGCUGCCGUCUUUAUUAUACCGAAACAUCAUCAUAUUAUAACAUACAUAUAGGUGUACAAUAGUGACAAUAUAUAUACGACUCUCGGACAAUAAUUAACCGUGUCACCGUUAAGUGGGCCGGGGUUAAUAAAUUACCACGGCUCUCGCGGGUUAAUUGACUGAAAAGCAAAAAAAAAAAAAUAAUAAUAAUAACGUUUAUACCUUUAGGACCAAAUUACGCACACCCAUCAUACGAUAUUAGAUGUAAUACUUAUGAAUAUAUUAUACACAUACGACCGAGAAUGACGACGUGACGAGAAGCAGUAACCGUCAUCGGGAACUAAGUACGAUAAUAUUGUGUGUAGGUAGGUGUGUAUAUAAGUAAGUCGGUACUCAAUGUGAAUUUUUAAUAAAUUAUAUUCCGUAGUCCGUAUAUUAGAUUAGACUGAAGAGGAGAGGAGAACCAGAAAUGAUUUAUUAAAUGUUUACUACAAGCGGUAUUUUCUUAUUUUAGCGACCAGACAAUGAAUAUAUAGAAAGUAAAGUUCGACUCGGGAGGGGGAGCUAGGAAAAUUACUCGAUCUGACAAUUCCUAAUACGGUAUCAUUUGUGUCUUGUUAUCAUCAUUUCCCAACGAUUCUAGGAGACGAUGACUAGGAGUAUAAUAAUAUUACGAAAUCCGACAUCGGGUAAUGGGUAUAGGUAUAUUUUAAAGACACAAAAUAAUGUAAAAUAACAGUGGUGUAGGUAUGAUUUUAUUCUGGGAGAAGGGGGGAAUGAUAAUUUGUUAAGUAAACUUCGUAUGGGGCUCCCCCACACACUUCAUACAAAUCUAUGAUUUAGAUUCUAAGUUUAGCGAAGAAGCUAUUAGUUCUGCUAAGAAGUGUUUUUAAUUUCGGAGCGUAAUGAGGAAUGUAUAUUAAUUUUGUAAUGAUGUUUAUUUUAUAUUUUUUAUAACAGAAAAUUUGUUCUGAUUUUCAAGUAUAGCACUUUUUCUGAAAAAAAAAUGUUUUGUCAAAUAGUACUUUAAAGGGGUCAAUUUUUUUAUUUUCCUAGGGGUGUCAUAAUAAAUAGGAAAACCUAGAAAAAACGUAGAACCAACGGAAAUUUUACAAAAUUUAUUAUUUUCAAAUUGUAAAUAUCAUGGCCAUUCAAAACAUGUAUAACCGAACUCCACUCAGAAUCGUUAUUCCUCAGCAAUGAUAAAUAGUUGCGUACAGAUAUGCAUUUAAUUUCCUCUUUACCUUCCCAACUUCUCAUCUAUAAUAGUGGCCCACCUAUCAUGCAAAAUACGUCCGUUUGUCUUUUUCUUUAUGAAAACACUUUUUUGGUUAGUAAAGAAAAAAUUGUCUUAAUUAUUUACGCCCGUCGCACCUUAAAAGAUAAUAAUAUGCAAAGUUUUCGACCGAUGGUACUUUAUUUGAAACCAUUUAUAGAUUGCUUACAGUUUUUGUCUAUACAAUUUAAAAAUAGACCAUAAAAAUCGGUACAUAGGUUUUAUUUUUGUUAAUUUUUGAAUUAUUCUGGCUACAAGGGAAAAAACACAACUAAAUUUACUUUGCUCAGAAUCAAUUUUUCAUUACGAAAUUUUUUUACUUAGGUGCAUAGUAUAAAAAAAAAAGACUCUGAGAUAGAAUUUUUCUCUAUCAACCCACUAUAACUACGCCACCCCUUUAGUUGUUAAAAAAUCGUUUGAUGAUUUAAUAUUUAUAAAAGUUUUGAAAUUUUAUCUGUGUUAUUUAUCUUGUGCUAUUAUUGUACCGCUGCCAUUUAGAGUGUCAUUUGGGCUGUUACUCAUUAUUGUAGUUGUCAUGUUUAAUCUGCCAUUCCUAAAAGUGAAGCCGGAUCGAGUAAUUAUUGGUUUUACGUAGAUUUAUUUCUAUUAUUGUUGAUAAGUACAAUGGUUUCGAUAAAAAUAUGCGUGUUUUGGCUGUGCCGAAAUAGGUAAACAGUUUUUUGUAUUGUUUGCUGUUGUUUGCUACUAAUUGGCUGCAAUAUCGCAAAAAAGAUAUAUUUAUUGUACAGUAUUUUAACAAUUGAUAACCAGUAAGCGAGGGAAAUAAACGUAGUUUUUUAUUGUUUGCUGAUUAUUUGCAGUUGUCAAGCAAUAAUUAUUGCAAUAAACGAUUUCACCAAAACGGUUUAUUCGGUGAACUAUAGUAACCGCAAUUCGCUCAAAACAGCAUCGCCGAAACACGCAUACAAACUAAACGAGAUUGAUAAAAAGUAGGUGUACUAGGCAAUGAUAUCAUUUCCUAACCGUAUUAAGAACAAAUUGGCAUCGUUUCCUAAACUGUCAACUUUUCCGUUACAUGUACUCGUAUACGAUAUAAAUGUAUCGUAUCGUAUGUUUGUCUUAAAUACCUAUAUACAGUUGCGGUACUGCAGCUCAAUACGGUUUUUAAAAUGAUUAUACUGUAUUAUAUUAUUUUGUUAUGAGAAACGGAAAAUUAUACAUAGUUAAUAAGGCACGUUUAAUUAUUAGAAUAGUUUUGGGUCGGUUGAUAUUAUACUCGUAGUUUAACAAAUAUUGAGUUUGCGACAGUGUAAAUAGUACAAAAAAUAAUAUUAUUUUUGUGUACAAAGCGUAACGCAAGUAAGAGAUUGUUAGUAAAACGGUUUUUAUUGUUAUUUUUAUAGUUUCCAAAGGUUAGGUUUAAUAGGUUAAAUUAGGUUUUUAAUUUAUAUAUUUGUUUGCAAUCGUCUGCAAUAUGUUUAUAUUAGUAAAUCACAAAUUAUUAAUUAAAAAUGUUCAUUUUGUUUACACCGGAUAUGAUUUUAAAUCGAAUUUAUUACGUAUAAACGUUUUUUAUGGAUUAAUAUUUUACAAAAAAUAUAUGAAAUAGCUACGAGGAAAAAUUUGUCGAUUUAUAUCGCAAAUCUAUGAAAUAGAGUAUCCUUGGAAAAUACAAUAAUACUUAUGUAGGUAACUUACAAAAUCCGCAUUCCACUAUAUGAUGGCACAUGCAGUGUGAGAAAACAUUACAAGUUUAGCUAAAUAAUUAUUUAAAGGAAAAAAAAUGCUUUAACACUAAAAUUUCUGAAAGUAAACGAUGCAAAUAUUAAACGUCUUAGUAAUGUUACACACAUAAUUGUAAUGCAAAUUAGCAUACUGAAGUGUAGUAAAACAAAUUUAAAAAUAUUUUCGUUUGUUUAUAACGUAGGUUAAAACUUUAUUAUCAUAAAAUUCAUCGGCAAAUUUGAUUUUUUUUGGUUCUUGAUUUUAUGACAGUAUGAACAUAAUUAAAUUUCACGAAUCUAUAAAAUGUCGAACGAUCAAAGUUUUAGCUAUAUUAUGCACUAUAAGAGUUCUUCCCCUCUCUCGUCUCAAAUUUAUCCUCAAAAAUAUACCAAGAAUGAUAUUAUCAAUACCGAGAUAUUACCAAUGGGAAAAAAAUUGUAGGUUUUUUUUAUAGGUAUUCGUUUCGAAAUUACUUGUGUUGAAAAAAAAAAUACCAACUGUAUAACUAUAAAAAUAUCUCUCUCUCUCUUUCUCUCUCUCUCUUUCUCUCUCUCUCUACACAUAUAUUAUAGUUCCUAGAUAUUGCUCGACCGUUUGAUAAUACGACGGAAUUUCACUAUUAUAAACAUUAUAUACUUCGCGUUAUAUUAUUUUGUCUUUGUCUUUGUCGUCGUUUUAUGUUGCAGUUUUGAUGAAUGGCGCGGAUAGUGGGUAUAUAAAAAAAAAAAAAAAAAAAAAAAAAAAUGUUUAAUGAAUAAUACUUUCACCGGCAAUGGCCACAGACCAAAGACCAAACGCGUCGUCGCACACGUCUUUUUUUUUUCCCCUGUGACGCUAUAUUAUAUAGAAUGUUCUUCUUAUUAUAUACACACGAUGAACAUAUUUUUCAAAUUAAUUAUUUUUUGAAAAGUACAAAGGAACAACAAUAUAAAGAAUGCUAAAUUAAUGUCGCGCGUAUAACGAUGUUAUAAUAAUAUUAUAUUUAGAUACGAUGCAAUUUAAAAGCGAUGUUUUUAUUUUUUGAAAAACUUCAAAUUUUAAACGUCAACUAUAUCAGCUAUUAUAACUGUAUAUUAUAAUUAUAUUGAAAUAAUAAAUACCUACGGUGUAUAACGUUUGAUGUAACGCAAUAUUUUGAUUAAUGUAAUUUUAAAUAUUUCUUUGUAUAAGGUACACCGAAUUUUUCAUACCCGGUUUCAGCGUUGUAUUAUAAUAUUGUAUAAUGAUACUGGUUAUUUUUUUGCUUUGAUAAAAAUAUCAAAAAAAAAAAAAUAAAAAUAAAAAAAAUGGCGUACGUAAAUACGAAAAUAAUAUUACCGAAAAUGUUUUGUACAAUUAUUUCGUUUUCUUUUAUUCGGACGAUAUCGCGUGUAAAUAUCUGCGGAUUAAAAAAAAAAAGCUUAAUAUCCAAUGACCGAUUUGAAAGCAUGGGAAAUGUGUGUCUGCUCGCAGUGUUCAACAAGGUGUUGUAACAUGCGAUCCGUGUUACUUAUCCCGAACUUAAAAACGUAAAAAGGUCUGCGUAGGAGAUUAUUACCAGUGCAUUCGAAUUGUUAAUGUUCCCAGAUAGUUUUGAAAACAGUUUUAAUUUUCCUUCCCGCUUUAUACAGACUUAAAAUCGUCUACACGUUACCAUUGAUUAAAUAUAUGUAUACAAUCAAUGUAAUAUUUAAUCAAUGGAAAUUAUGCAAAUCCAAACACUGUUUAAUUGUACGAUUGUCGGCGGAUUACUGAAUGCAGCAUAACGAGUAACGACAGUAUUUUAGGUAUAGGAACCAAUUCGGUUGUAGCCGAGUUUCUAUCAAUUUUUUUUUUUUUUGGCAGGCAAAAAUAGCCUGUGUAGGAAAUUACACUAUCUUUUAAAUUCGGAAGAAAAAAAUUAUUCGUGUGGCGUUUACAUGUAGUCACAUAAUCGUCGCGGGCGGUCGGUGGGACGUGUAAAACGUUUAGGAUACAUAUCUAUAUAAUUCGAAUGGUUUGAUAUCCCGAAAGAACGAUAAACUAAUAAAAAUUUAAAAAAAAAGAUUCUGAUCAGAACUCGGAAAACUGGUUAAGUUAUAAUGUUAGUAUUGUAGUAUUCGUGUAUUUUUCCCUUGCAGCCAUAUAACAGUUAUUAAUAAAAAAAAAAAAAACAAAUGUAUAUCCAUCAUUCGUUGUCAGUUUAUUUUUUUAACUCCCAUAAAAACCGUUGGGAAUCUAGAAAAUUUGUCGAAAUAAAGUACCACCGGGCAAAAACACGUAUCUCAUAAGGUAUGACGAGUGACAAUAAUUUAGACCAUUCUUACCGAAAAAAAAAAAAAAAAACGUAGUUUUCGAAAAACACAACAUAUUUAACAGAACAAAAUUGAUAGGUAACUUCGGUCUUAUUUGAUACGCACGGAAUUUAAUAAAAAUACCAUAUUAAUAAUGCUAACGAACAGACUAAAAUCAUUUAGAAUAUGGUCGCGGGACUGGACAUAAUAUUGUGACGGUGUAUAUUUUAAUCGAUUAUUCAGACCUAAAAGCCAGACAAAACUUCAACAAUUUUGAAAACGGAUGGUUUGUAAAUAUAAACUUAAUAGUUUGUCUAGAAAUCGUAAAAUAAAAUUUGAUUGUGUUUUGGAAACAUUUUCAAAAAUUAUUACUUUAAAUAUUUUGAUCGUUUAUACUUACUACCUUAGAUAAAGAAAAUUAAAAUAUAAAAAAAUAAUUUCAUUAAAAGUCUAAUGAAUUAUAUAUACACGUUUUGAAAAUAACUGUCGAAAUCCAUCAAACGUAAUAAUAUUAAUCAUAUACAGUUUUGUCUGGCUUUUCGGUCUAGAACGGGUAAUCAAGCAUUAAAUUAGCGGAAAUGAGAUGAUAAAGGGAAAAAAACUAUUUUUACCAAACCAAAACCAUAAAUAAAAAUUGGGAAGGUAGAAUACAGACGGGAAUUUAAUGUAUAUCUGUAAGCAACGAUAAACCGUUUCCCAACGAAAAAACGAUUCUGAGCGGAGUUCUGUCAAUAUUGUUACUUUUUCGACAAUCCAUAUGUCAUAUUAUGGUAAAAUAAUUACAUAUGAGUUAAACAUUUUCUUUAAUAAUAUCGUUAAUAAUAAUAUAAUAUAAUUAUUUAACAGUGUACCCAUAAAUCUCGGUUAUUUCCAAUGUAUUGAAAAAAUUACUGAGAAAAUCAAAAAAAUUGCCUCGUAACGUACCACCCCAAUCAAAUUUUUUAUUGAGAAAUAGGGUUGCAUUUGUAUAUCGAAUCAAUAUUUCUGGUAGAAGAGUUGUUCACGGAUAAAAAAAAAAAAGUAAAUAAACAUCGUUAUGUAGAACCAUAAGCUUCUCCGUUCCACUCGGAAUCUAAAAGAAAAUAAUCAUCUUCGUGAUGUAACAAUAUAAAUCCGGUAUCGCCUGCGCCUGCGGCCGGUGUUUCGUGAACACGUUGUGGCAUUUCGUUUUGCUCGAUAACCGACAGCGCGGCUACGCGGCUGUACCGCAUUAUAGGUAUAAAACAACACAGCGAAUGGUGUAUAGCCGAUAUGCUUAUAGUGUCGGUAUAGCGGUGGAUACACAUAUACAUACAUACAUACAUACAGGCAUACGUACGCACGACAAUAUGUAUGUGUAACCGUGUUGUCGGCGACGGGAAAAAUUCCGAAUAAAAUAAAUACAGAAAACGAAAAAAAAAAAAAAAAAAACAACGAAAAAUAUUCAAAUAAUAUCACAAGAGUGGUACGCGUAUAGGAAUCGGGCGGUAGCGUAGGUACGGGGAAACCUGUUUGGCGGUAUUACGUGACGUGAGAGAGUGUCUGCAUAAUGUUAUUAUUGUAUUAGGUAUGUUGCGCGGCGCGUACCGCAAGCCAUUGAGCCGCACACUCUGGCGACUUUACCGGAAACUCGACAAGUGCGCGCGCGCUCGUUGUACCUCACGUUAUACCGUCGGUCGGUCGGUCGUUAUCUAUGUAGGGAUGACUGUGAAAAUAUUGCGUUGUACUUGUAACCGGGUCUCGUACGGAGGGGAAAAAAAAAAAACAAAGGAAAUAAUAAAAAUUAUACGUUAUCGAUUUCUCGAGCGCCGUGAUAAUUGAAACCGAUCGAAAUAACAAUAACACACUGCGCGCACACACACACGUACACACACACACACACACACGCGAGCGCGCGCGCGCGCGCCCACGCACCGGGUGUUGUACCCUACGCGACGGUUACCUAUUGAUCACCCGCGGUUCUCUUCUUCCAGUUUUCGGUCGCGCGGGGUCGAUAAGCCGCGGCGCCGAGGCCGCCGGAACACGAACCGCAGCGCCCCGAUUUUUACAGACGCGUUUCCGUGAUAUUGCGCUUUUCGAUGUUUUCGGUUGUUUUAUGUUAUCACCGUUUUACAAUAUUAGCUUUCCACUCUCGAAACCUGUUUCGUUAUUAUCGUCGUUUGACCUCCACGCGCGCGCGCAUCAUACCGGGUCCUUUUGCGCCGGCAGUGUUGUACACUUCAAUAAUAAUAUACCUACCGCUCCUACGUCCGGUUCGUUAUUCCGUCCUCCCUCACACACACACCCCCCCCCUUCCGCCGCCCCCGAAUAAUUAUAUCAUUCAAAACGCAGAUCGGGAGUUUCGGCACGGUAAUAUUGUUUCGGUAUUUGUAUACGCGGUCUUUUGAACGCGUGUGAAUGACAAUAAUUGUUCUUGAACCGCGCGGGAAACAUAAUAUAUUCAACACGGUAUUCUCCGGGAUUCGGUGUAGCAAAUGAAACAGAAAAAAAUAAAAAAUCUUCAACAUCACAAUCGUCUUAAUAAACGUACGAACGCCACGCGCGCACUAUAAACAACACUAUUACAACGUUAAACCGCAGUGGUCGCGCGCGUCUUUCUAGUCAGUAGCAUGGAGUAAUAUUAUUGCGGCAAUUCGACAUUUCGCCGGUCUCCCGACAGAAAACAAAAGACAAAUCGUUCAAUUUUUUUUUUCCACCGUUCGUUUCAGAUGAUAACCGUCAACGUGUGUACCGCCGCGUCGUCGCCGUCGUGAUGGCAGAUGCGUACACCGGAACAACAACAGACGAGGAGACGUGCCACGGGUCGGACAACAGCUGAAUGAUACCGACCGCGGUUUUGUGCGCGAAACCGGCGAAGAAGCGUCGUCGGGAAACACCAUGUGGUUUGGCGUAAAAUGGCCGACCCAAACAAGAGUAAAGCGCUGUAUUCGUCCGGAGUCGCGUUCUUAGGGUUAGCGUGUUUCGCACUAGCCGCCACGGCCAUUGGGUUGCCGUUAUGGGGUUACUUCGAAAGCCCUCAAUGUAAGUGUUGUCCGGCUCUUUGUAUUUAUAAUGCAAUGUUUGUAUAGGUGAAAAAAGCCCCACGAGUGUUCUGCCCGUGACUAAAAUGUAAACAGGUGUGUCGGAAAAUUGUGUGUGCGCGUUACGUAAUGUUUGAAGUGUGCCCCAGACUUGGAAUAAACGAUAAAACUCAGUGACGGCCAUAAUUAAAGUUCAAGGGGGUGUCAAAAUUAAAUAAAAUUUCAAAAUUCCAAAAAAUUCACACUGAUGUUUAGAUUCUAAUGUAAAUAUUGGUUUUACUGUGAUCUGAUUUUUCUAUCUUCAACUUUUGUGUUAUCUCAGAUCUCGUUCCGAUUUGCAAGUGAUUCGAGUACGAGAUAUUUUAAACAAAAUAAAACGUUUAAUAACGAUUAUAUAAACGUACUUGCUUUCAUUAUUUCACUUGGAAUAAACAAUAAAUUGAAAAAAGCCUCAGCCCAAGGGAGGGACGAUCCGACUAUCGUCCUACCCUCCCUACCCCCAAAAAAACCAUCGCUGAUAAAACUGGAAAAACAAUUUUAGUUAAAAUUGGUUUGUUUUUGUCGUGAUUAUUACAUGAAAUUUAGAUGGUUCCGUUUCUUCCACGUCUGCGGGGAUAAAUGCACUGCAGUGAUAAAGAAAACAUGCAGUUUUUCUGAUAUGCCUGUUUAUUUAUAAUGAGUGUGGGCUCUUCUGCCACAAAACUAUAUUAUAAUCUGCAGGAGAACCACUGCUCGACCUGCACAAGUCCAACGAAAUAUCAUAUUGCAUUUGCUGUAUACAGAAUUUUUUAAGAAUAUAUUUGAUAUAAUUGGUAUAAUUUGUAGCAUAGCAUAACGUUAGAGAUCGUAAAAAAAAAAAAAUAGCUAACGACACACAUAAAAUAAAAAUUCAUAUAAAUAGUUUGUCAUUCGUAUAUUUUAUAAUAAUAGUGCGGCUAUUAAAAUCAUGUCCGCCGAGUCUGUUGCGGUAAACGAUUUAGACUAUUACACUGCAACGACUCUUUAUAUUAUAAUCUUGGCCCUCGACUUUUUUUUCCACAUAAUAUUAUUAUUAUAAAAACCAACGAGAUCAGCGUGUAUCGUCAAAGCCAAUAAAAAUAUUUGUCGACUUUAUAUACACAAUUUUUUUGUACUACAUAACAUAAUACUUCAACAGCAUUAUUCAUCAUCAACGUUAUUACUCAUCGAUCAAUUCAUGCUGUAGGCAGUUAUACCCCCCUAUAGUUCUCUAUAGGUUUUAAUCGAAAUCUAUUUAUUUGAAUAAUGAUGCACAAGACAAAAGUAACGGUAGACGUAUAAUAAUAUAACAGUCUGAAAACUAAAAUAUAGCGGGUAUACUCAAUUUGUAGACAAAUAUUGUUUUAAGCUCGAUAUUGUUUAUUGAUACUUACUAUUAUUUGCUCGUAUACUUAAUGGUCGAGUACUUCAGAGCUGUAAAUAUUGUCGAUUGCUAUAAAUCAUACGCAUAUUUUAAAACCAUACAUUUAAUUCAGUUCGUGUUUUAUUAAUCCAAAUUUAAAAAAAAAAAAAAAAAAAAAAAUCCCUUUAAGUAUACAAUCAAAGCGCUUUUCAUUAGGUAUUAAUAUUUAAAUAAAUUUAAUAAUUAAUCAAAUCUUUCAAAUUAUUUCAAAUACCCAUAGCUGACAAACAAACUGGAAAUAAAUUAUUCUAAAUAGUCAAUCCUUAUUACAUCGGUAGCCGAUUUUCUUUUUUUUUUUUUUUUUUUUUGUAAAAACAUAUAUAUAUAUAACCUUUUUCUGAUAAAAGUUUCGACACACAAAGAAAAUAUGGGGAAUUCACCCUUCCUCACAUACCCCUUCCGCAUCGGUCAUGAGAGUUUGACGUGAAAAAAACUACUCCAAUUUCACAAAUUUUCAAUUGUUACACCAUAAUAAUAUCAAUGCAUAUCAUGCAUAUCAACUCAAGGAUACGAUAUUAUUGUGUAUUAUCUAUAUUGUUAUAUUCUUACCUAUAUUUUGUGCUAUUAUUAUUAUUAUUAUUAUUUUUUUUUUUUAAUCAAAUUAGGUCAAUUAAUUAUAUUCACAACUGUGAGAUUUUUUUUUUUUGUAGGUCUUUCAACAUUAAAUUAAAAAAUGAUAAAGUCCUAAGUUUCACCUGCAUGGUCGUUUUACACAUCAUCAGCGUGGGUCACCGUAUGUUACGAUUAAAACAAUAAAGAAAAUGAUUAAAUUAGUUUAAUCACUUUUUUUUUUUUUUUUAUAAUUAUUAAAUUAUUUAUUUGUUAAUACGAAAUCGUAAUAAUUAACUUAAUUUAUUUAGUAUACAAAUAUUACGUAUCUAUAUUAAAUUAUAUAUUUUUAUUUUAUCAUAAUAAUAUAUAUUAUUAACGAGUAAAUUCUUAAUUAGUAUCGAUUUUAAACACUUUCAUUAUGACAAAAUCAAAUCAUAGAGUAUAUAUAUUUAUAUAUAGAAAUAUAACGUUUAGAACACUAUGGUUGAUUUUUCAGUUAUUCUCUACUUUCAUUUAGGUAUUGGCAUUCGACAUUCGGUUUGUAUAACUAUAACUAUACAAUUUGUUUGAUUACAUCGUUUAGUGUUACUAUUAAACAUACAUCCGAAGGACGAUAUAUUUUAUUUGGCACUACGAAAUCAAUUGUAUAAGGUACAAAUGUUUUACUAGGUUUCUGUGGAAAUAUAAUUAUAGAAUUAUUGUUAUUGCGGCCAUUCAAGUGUUCACAUUUUAUUUAGGUAAGUUUAGAUUAGGGUGCCCAAAUAGGAUAACCUAAAUAAAUAUAAAUCAUAGAUAAUUUUUGACGUAGAUUUAUAUAAGCUAAUAUACUAGUUAUAGAAAUGUAUGCGCCUAAUAAACUCGUCGAUUUUAAUCGCUAUAAUGUAAUUUUCAAUUUUCAACCUUUAAAAUUAAAUCAGUAUAUAAUAUGAUGAUGAUGAUAUACCUGUAAUCUAAACGUAUAUUUACUCAAUCCACAAUGCUAAACGUUUAACUCGCAAUGUUUUUUUUUAAUAAUUUUCGAUUUUAUUCGACAACGUUCUUAUCAGUAUCACCUUGUAUGAAUGAUGUAGGUGUGUUACGUACCUGAUAGUAUUUUAAUUUUAAAUCCACAUUAUCGAUGAUAACACAUCGACGGGAUUCAUCGAAAACCUUGCCCGUUAAACUCGCGAAAAAUAUAUAGAUAUGCUUUUUUAAUUAACUACAUGCAUAAACCAAUUAAUACGUUCAUUUAUAAACUGUAUAAUAUUAUUACUAAGCCCGAUGCAGUGUUUGUACAAUGUAUAGCGCUACUUUAAAUAUUAGAUAUUCUGGAAAAUCGUUUUCCAAUAUUUUCUGAUUGAUGUCCAAUAAUUUGACUCUUCAAUUUUUUCUUCUCUUUAUAUAUUUUUUAUUUCUCGCGUCCGUCGGUGACAUAGCAAAAAUUUGUAUUCAAAUCAUUUUCUCAGAAAUUAUUGUGUCGUAUCGUCAAUAUUCAUAAAUAUAGACAUUAUGCACGUAUAGUGUACAUCGUAAUACAUUUAUCAUAUUUUCCUUGCACGAACAAUAUUUAAUAUUAUUUGCCUAUACAAUGUAAAAUAAUAGAACACACAAUUUUCGGGAUAAAAUUUAUUUUUCAACUAGAGGUUAGGUAUUAAAGACAUUUUUAAGACGAUUUAACAAUUAAUUAUAAAACUAUCGUAUCAACAAAAUAAUAUCGUAGAUCAUUGUUUGGUUUUUCAUGGGUAUUUUGUCGAUUGAGACAUGAAUAUUUACACAAAUACGUUCAAAGUUUAAUUUUUUUUUUUUUGCCGCCUCUAAAUAACGUUAUUAUAAUCAUAAUUUAUUACAAUAUAUAAUGUUAAAGUUAUAGUUCACUAGAUAAGUUACGCUAGAAAUUUUCUCAAUAAAAUUGUAUCCAUUUAUUAUAUGCAAGAUGUGGUAUCCAUUUAAAUGGGUACGUUCAUUAUCUCGGAAAGUAUUAACUAUUUUCGGAAUUUGUUUUAUAGAAAAUUUAAGAAACAAGGUGCUGCACAAUUUUAUAUUUAUGUUAUUUUAUUUUUAUGGUUAAAACCUUUGCCAAUUUCUGUUUUUUUUUUUUAAAUAAUAACCUGUAUAAAAAAUGUCAUUAAUAGAUGGUGUAAUAGUUAAAUUUAAUUUUGGUAUUGAAAUUGUUGAUUUCCGUCAACCCAUUAACGUUUUCAAGAGUAUUUUUGUAGAUUUUAAGUACUAAAUCUAGAUCCCUAAAUAGUUAUAAAACAUUUCGGUAUUCAAGAAUUCAAAAAGUAUGAAUUUUUUUUUGGUCAAUUUAUGAAACAAGCAGCUUAAAAAUUGUUACAUCGCAUUUUCAUCAUUAUUUUUGUGUAUAAAACAGCUGCCCACUUUGGAUUUUCAACCUACAUAAAAAUUCUAUAAAAAUGCAAAGUUUUAUUUCAAAUACAUUUUGAUAUUGAAAAUUUUCAUCGACCUGAUCACCAUUUAUACAUUAUAAGGCGAGCUGUGUGACAUUCUGUAUGCGUAAAUAUCCCCGUAAAAACAUAUUAUCAGGAUUAGUUAUUUUUGUAUUAUUUAACGAAUUCUAUAUGAUCGUGUUUUAACGGUGUAACUUGUGACCUCCCGGCAAUAUCUUUAAAUAAAUAUAUUUACCCAAAAUAAUCGAUUAAUUAUAGAAUAGUGUAUAACACAUUGAUAGAAAGUAAAGAAUAAAAAUCUACUGAAUAAUAAAGAAUCGACACCAUUUAGGUCAAGGAACCUGACAACUUCAGCCGACUUCCUAUAUAGACAGUAAUAUAAAUUAUUCUCGUUAGGUACUUUUAUGAAUAUUAAUUCUAUAAUGACAUCUCGCUGUUUCUUGAAAAAUACCUACCUAUACCUCCCAAAUUAUACAAUUUUAAUCUAGAUGAUUAGUUGGUCUUAAUUUUAAAUGCUGAGCAGAGCGAGGAAACUAUUAGUGAUGCGUGUUUUUUUUUAUUUUUGCAUCGUUAAACAUAUUUUAAAAAUGUUCAAAACGUUUCACGCAACAGGUUGGCAAUAACUUUAAAUAAUGUAAAUGGGAUUUUAAGAUGACCGUUUCUCGAUAUUUUCAAUAAUUUGCAUGAGCGUAAGCGUGAAAAAAAAAAACCAACAAAAUAUUGUGUUCAAUCAAAAUACGUACGGUGAUGAGUCAUUUGGCUCUUGAAAAAUACAUUUCGGUUACCUAUAUUUUAUUAUAUCAACUUCGAUAUCGAACAUGGUUAUACGACUCAGGAUAGUUUUAUACAUUAAAAAAAAAAAAACUCUGCUAUUCAACAACCGAAUAUUAGUGGGCUAUCCAGCGUUAAAAGUAUGAGUACGUCCGUUUUUAAAAUCGGUAUUGUGUAUCUAAUUUUUAUACAUUCCGGAUAAACUUUCUUAUCGGUUUCAAUAAAGAAUAUUUUGAGCAUUUCCAUACGAUACCGAAAAAAUGCCUUCCUUCGAAAAUAGUUACAGUUAACAAAACCAACGUGUUAUUUUAAAUACAAUUCAAAAAUGGUUUUGUUCCUCCGUUUGUACAAUAUACUUAUAAACGCGUUGUAUAUAGUUUCUGGAUAUCUUUUUUUAUCAUUUAUCUAAACAUAUGGAGUUAAUUUACUUAUUGACCUUGUUUUAUGUACCUACCUAUGGAAAAAAAAAAAUAAAUAAAAAAUGUGGGAAAUUUUUAAUGAAGGUACCGGUGUGGUUUUUUAACAUAAUAUUAUAUGCAUAAUGAAUACCGCAGGCAAUAUUUAUGCAAGUCUUCUCGUAUAAAAUAAAUUAUUAAUUAGUUUUAUAUAAUAAUAAUACACGUAUACUGUACUAAAAAAAAAAAGCAUUUUUAUAAAAGUUCAGAAAUUAUUUAAUUAUUCGAACGUUAUUUAUUUAAGUAUAUUUUUUUUUAACAUUUUUUUCUUAUAAUUUUCGACCAUUGUUAAUACGUUUGCAACAAAGAUAAAUAGUAUGAUAAUAUAAUAUGAAAACCGUAUAAAAUAAUUUUUUUUUUUUAUAUAAAAUAACUAUUACAUUUUCUUGGGUAAUUUAUACAUGGUCUUUUCGAAGAAAAUAUAUAAUAUCUAUACUAUACGUAUUAUUGGAAUAUUUCUUUAUAACUUACCUAUAAUAUAUACCAACAAAUACUAACUUUUGUUUUAUCGGUACCCACGUAUGUGCGUAUGUGUGUGUCUGUGUGUGUGUGUGAGUGUAUAUUAUCAUUUGUUUCCUUCGUUUUAUUAUGUUCAACAAUAAAAAUAACACGAAUAGCAAUGGGAUUCGAAUAAAUACCGACUGUUAUUUAUUUACCUCUCCAGAGGAAAUUGGGGACGGGGCUAUUACAGCGUAACGCAUUUCGAUUAGCCGCAGUAGACAACAUUAUGCAGAUAUUAUGUAUCGUAAUAAUGUACAAAUCAAAUAUCGUACGCAUAAUACGCUGCGGCGUAUAAUACAGAUAUAAUGUUGUAGUGCAAUGAUCUUGGUUAAGAAUUUUCGUUCAUUGUUAAAUUGCGCACAUGUGACAGUAUAAGAACGAAGAUACUGUACGAUAUACGUACCUAUACCUACCGAAACGGUGGGGAGUUUAUAGGUUAUUAAAAUAUGUGUGUUGGCCAGGUAAAUGAAAUGUGGCCACGCUAUAAAUUAUUAUUAUAUUGGGGGGAGGGGGGGGGGAGGCCGGUGGAUUUUACUCUUAUAGUAUAGCUCUUAUACACAUUGUCUAAUGUCUGUAUAUAUAAUAUAUAUAUGUAUGUAUAUGCAUCGGGUUGUUGAACUAUCGUGAACCUAGUCGGAUAUAAUAUAUAUUUUAUAAAAACAAAUCAAAUGUGAUAAUAUUGUCGGUUUUUUUUUUUUCUUUCUGUUUUACAUUUCCGAAUUCUUAUUUUCCAACGGCUGUACAGGUAUACCAUUAAAUAAUGUGUUUCGUUAAAACCAACUCGAACGACAAUAAUAUUAUUGUGCUAUAAUAUAUAAUGUACGUACCGAGUUAGGUAUUCCAGAAAACCAGUUUCGCGUAUAAUUUAUAAGACGCGCUGGAUUGGAAUACGUAUUAUAUAUAUAUAUAUACUCGUUAGAGAUAAAACGUUAAGCUGAAUGUUUUGAAAGAAUUUUUUUUUUUUCUUCUUCUUCUUUUUAAUGAUUAUUUUAUAAUGAAACGGGUCAUGUUACUACCUAUGUAGCCGAAAACUAUCGAGAAUUCGGGAAAAGUCACUAUUUCAAACUUUCGAUAUUUUAUUACCAAUCAUAGAAAUGUACAGGAAAAAUACAAUUUCUGUCUCCGAUUACUAUACGAAUAUUAUUUAUAUCAGAGCGGAAUUUAAAAAAAAAAUAUAUUUAUCUUUAUUUUUAUCGAAUAGUAUUGAAAUUAAUCCGUUGCCGAACAGCACAUUGACAAUGUCAUUAUUAUUUAUUACAGGUAUUUUUUUUUAUCAGUUAAAAGCUAAUGGAAUGGCAUUGUAGUAGGAAUUAUUUUUACCGAAAACAUUGUUAUAUUUUAGUUUUUUUUUUUUUAAUUUCUACAAAAAAAAAAAACAAAACCCAUCAUAUUAUUUUCUCGUAAGACAAAACGUUUAAAAUGCAGAUCAGUUUUAUGGUGUUGAAGCUCAGAAAAAACUUUCGAGACAUUUAAAUAAAACAAAAGAUGUAGAUUUUAAUAAAAAAUAUAUUCUUAUAUUAAUAUUAUAAUACACUAUAAUGUUUAUCAUAUUUUUUUUUUAAUUUUUCAAAAGUUGUUUUAGCAAAAUAAUUUAAAAGAGGAACUACGGAUAUUAUUAUUAUUAUUAUUAUUAACUUCAUGUUAUAAUAAUUCCUUGUCGUUGAAAAUUAAAAUCUUAUAUUAUCGUCCAUUGUUUAGUUUUGUGGGAAAUUAAUGCAGCGGUAUCCGUAUUUCUAAAGGAUGCUUUUCAAGUAAAAAAAACAUUUACACUAUUGACCCUAUUAGCACUGCACAUCUCACUCACCUAGGGCCAGGAAAAGGUUUCGUUGAAAUCGUAGUUAAUUAUUUAGUUUAUUUUAGUUAAAAAAUUAAAGACUUAAAUUAUCUUUUUGUCAAAUUUUAUCCGAAAACAGCACUGUAUGCAUUGUAUAUUAUGUCUGGUUUUUCCCGCUACAUUUGGACACUUUAAACGACUUUGUCUGUACUAAAUGAGCUCAAACUGGGGAAUAAAAGUUGUUUUAUAAGUUAUAUAAGAUUCAAGUGAUAUACUCAUAAUUUUGGUUAAAUAUCAGUAUGAAUUUAAUCAUGCUAUUGGGGGAGGGUUUUUUAGCUUUGUAAUCCUCUACAAAUAAAUUCUCCUAAAUAAACCUAAGGGAAGCGACAUUUUAUAUAUGUAUAGUGUAAGUAUCAAGGAUGUGUCUAUUGAGUAGGUUUUAACUUUCAACCCCCUCUGCGAAAAUUUGUUUACUCAAAUUUCAUAUUUUCACAGGAAAUAACGGAUUUUUAAUACCCCUGCCCCGUGGUUAUAUAAUAAUAAGUAAUUACUAUCACUAUUUCACAUCAAUUAUAGAAAAAAAAUUAAAAUAUAAUUUAGCUGGAAAGGUAUUCGAACACUAUGACCCAAAGGUACUAACGUCUAACACCCCUAUAAUAUUCCACUAACGUGUAACGGAGGACCCGGUUUUUUUUUUUUUUUUACAAACAAUCGCUCUUCGGAUAUAAAAACCAAUGAAUGAUUUAGAAUUGUAGCGCUCAGUGUAAUGAUCUUAAGUAUAAAACCACCAAAAUAUCAUUUCAAGUUAUAAUGAGUGGUAAAAAAAAAAAUAUUGAGCGUAAUAUGUAAUCGAUUUUUUUACUAUUGUUUUGAGAUCAAAUUUUGAUGAAAACCGUAAAUAUUACGAGAUUUCAAAAUAUAACUAAACUUCGCUCAAAAUCUUGUUUCGUUAACAAUGAUUUAUUAUUCCUUACAUAUAUGAAUUAAAUAAUUUUAUGUAUCCUACCACCCCGAAAUCCCAACUUUCACAAAAUAUUUACACAUUAUUUUCGUCUAACCGAUUAAGGUCGCUCCACACAAUGCAUGUUUCGCGUUUCGUGUUCUCACGUUUUUGUUUAAUUUCGCGAAUAGUGUGUAUAGCUUUUUCACGGAAAAUUGUUUGUGAAAACUGUUUCACAGUGUUUCGCGAACGAGGCGGUAAAAUUGGCGAAAUCAAAGGACACGAAAAAAUUAUUUCGUGAAAAAGCACUAUGCAUGUUUCGUGAAACUCGAAACAUGCAUACAUAGUGUGUAUACCUUUUCUACGAAACCCUACGAAACAGUAAACACUACACAACGCAAAACAUACAUAGUGUGGAGCGACCUUUACAAAACGCGUGGGCCACGCGUAGAUCAAAGUUGAUAUGUCAAGACCAUUUUGUUUUAAAUUUGUGUUUAAAUUAUAAUUACAGUAAACAACUAAAAUAAUCAAACUAUACUCUAAACAAAACGAUUAAAAUCGUGUACAAAAAUCAGUUGAUUUAAACUGAAGAAAAUAUGUCUGCAUAAAAAUUUAAUUUCAUCGUGAAUUAGAUAAAUUAAUUAAUUACUAGUUUAUAAACAAAUAUUUUUUUCGUUAGAAUAUUUUUAAUUUAUUUGUUGGAUUUAAUUUUUUUAGAUAGAUCCACUUAAUACCUACCAAAUAAUUUGAAAAUAAAAUCAAGUAUAGACUAAUGAUAUAAUAAAGUUUAAUAUAUGUAUUCUGUGAAAAUUUCAGCUCUCUACGAUAAUUUUUAACCGAAUUACAACAAAAAACCGAAAUCGAAAAUAACGAAUCCAUUGACGCCGAAAACUUCCUGUAUUUACUUAGUUUUUUUUCGAUUUUUCCCGAUUAUUAUGAAAAAUAGGUAUAUCAAAUCACUGCUAACUAACUAGAUCAAAAAUCCAACAAGAUUUCUUGUAGAAACCAUGCAUCGUAAAAAUUUAAAAAAAAAGUUAUAAUCAGAUAGAAAACAAAAGAUUUCCCAUAUAUGUAGUAAAUACUUAAAUAGAAUAAUUAUAGUUGAUCGAUUUAACGCUAAAACCUGUAUGUCGGUGGACACACCGACUCUCAUACAUGUUCACAGAGGUAAAUCACGUCGAGAGUAGUUAAUACUCCGAUGGGUGACCGUCGAACGGGAACCGCGCCCUUUAUUUUCCUUCACAUGUAGUUUAACAUUUUUUUAUUCUAUUACAAUUGGAUCGAAUUUAACUCUCUUCAAUUAUUUCAAUUAAUUUGUUUUCAUAUUUUACUAUUUUACCGAAAAAUACACAGGCGUUUUUCGAGACAAUUCUAUUUAAUCGAAUUACAACAAAAAAUAAAUCUACUAUACAUUACGCUGAACAUUUUUAUUUUUUGAAAAUAUUUCCACGUCUAGACAAUCCUAAUUCUAUGCUUAAAUAAUAAAAGUAAUACGUAUUACUUAUUAGUUAUUACUAAUAAGUGAACAUUUUGUGAAAAUUUCAAGUCUACGAAUUUUUUUUAAUCGAAAAACAAUGAUAAAUAAAACAAAAUUGAAAAAAACGAAACCAUUAUUAAAAUUUUCCCGUUUUGUCUACGGUUUUUUCCCCGCUACUGCAGAACUAUAGAGAAAACUAUUCGGUAAAAAAAAAUUGACUUACUCACUCAUCAACUAAAUCCGAAAUGCAAUAAAAAUUUGUUUACAGACACACGAAAAAAAAAACACACACACAUAUUAUAGUAAAAACUAACACAUUCAUCGGUACGCUCAGAGUCUAAAAACUGAAAUAUUAUAACGGUGACAAUUCGACUAGGGGAAAAUUAGAUUCUACUGACGGAGCUGUGCUGUUCGCGAGCGUUUUCUUUUUUCUAUUUCUACAUAUUAAUUUAAAACUUUAGUGUUUGCAAAUGGGAAAAAAAAACCGACCAUAUAAUAUUAUAAAACGGGUAUAUCGUGUCGACCCGCCUACACUAUGAGUAAAGUAUAUAAUAUAAACUACUAAAUAACCGCUUUUCCGCGUGGAAAAUUACCAAUUUAAUGUAUCGACGACAAUAUAUUUGUUCGGUUAACAUAAUAUUGACUUUCUGUCCACGGAAACCCGUUAUUAUGAUGUAUUUUUUCGCCUUUGACCGAUACGAUGAGUUUGACGACACUAUGAAAUCGUUCGUCGUUAUCGCCAUCGUUGGUCUCAGCCUCUAUUUCAUGCCUCGUUUCGGCGACUGCAGUAUUACAAUAUUAUAUUAUUAUAACAAUGACCGUCAUGAAUAACAUCAUAAUACGAAAUCAUAAUGAUAAUAAUAAUUAUUCGAAGGCGAUAUUGUUCUGUUAUCUAACAUCUACGUCACGAUGAUGUUCGUAUGGGAUCUUGUAUCUUCGUAUUGGUCAUGUGAUUUUAUCUGAUAACACCGAAUUCUAUACAAUAUUACGUACCUAUAGACUAUUGGCAUGAGGUCUAUGACAUUCACGUGCCUAUACACCUAUACAGCUACCUCUGUUUAAUAGUAAUGAAAAAUGAGUGGUAUAACAUAUAUAUAUAUAGUUUAUACUAUAGAUACAAAAUAAUAGGUCUCGUGAUGCAUUGAUUUAUAUUGAUAGUAUUACCGACAAUGCAGUUCCGGAACGUCGAAAAACCGUACACAAAUUAUUCACCUACGUGCCAUUGUGUUGCAGUUUAAAUAAUAUUAUAAUUAUUUUAGUCGUUUUGCAUUACCUAUUUAUACUUUGCAUGGGUGCCUGUAUACCGUGUAAAUAAUAUGCAUAGGUAAUAUUUCACGAACCGUUCCGUCCGUAUGCGUUUCUAUACAGGUGUUGUAUUUUUUUUUUUUGUUCAAUCAUUAUUAUAGCUUCAUUUUAACACUGCAGACUUCAAAUCAUAAUCCCUGUUCGGUAGGUAUCCAUUAAAUGAGUACCUAUUAAAUUUUGAUUUUUAAAUAACCAUUUAAAAAUUUAGAGCAGUAGAUCCAUUUUUAGACGACAACCCUUACUUACAUCUUCUGUUUAAAUUUAAGACUUUGGUAACGCAUAAAUGGUAAAUUUAAUAUUAGCGUUAAAUAUUAAUGUCAUGCAUUUAACAUAAGAUUUUUAGAAAACUAUGUACUUUUUUAAUCUAGUUAUAAAAAAGGGGCUGAUGGCUAUUUGAAAAUCAAAAGUUGAUACGUGUUUAUGGUGUUUGUAAAAUAAGAGAAUAAUUUUGAACAUAUUAGAUUCUGAGAGCAAAGGGUCAUGUACCUAUUCGUUUUAAUAUGAUGUAUGUUUUCUUCUAUCUGUAAACAACUUUCUACAAGAAAUAUUGCCCCGAUUAUGAAGAGUAACAUUUUUUUCUAAAAGCCAAUUGUGUACUUUUGGUGAAUUUAAAAAGUCAUAUUAUUAUUCCUGCGGUUUCUUAAUAAUUGAGAAAACCUGGAAAAGUUUACGACAGUUGCGAUUUUAUUUUUGUUUUUGUUGUAAUUCGAUUAAAGUAGUCGUAGAAACCUCGAACUUUCACAGAAUACUAAUGUCAGUAUAUUUUAGCCAUGCACACAUUUUUAAAACAUUAUGUUUAUUUAUGAGCAUAUUCAUAGGCAUUUGACGUAAUUUUUAUCGGAAAAAUCAUCGCAUUUUAAAACACGUUCCCAAUUAACAAAUGAUUUACCGUUGCUUACGGAUAUAUACUAUGCAACUAUACGAACCCUUUACCAGAUUUACCUGACGUUUGUAGAUACAUAUUAGUUUAAACGGUUCUGUAUUAUAAUGACUGAAAAGAAACCGCGACAAUACCAAUUUCACUCAAAAUGUUCGCAUAGAUAAUCGACUGAUGGGGACGGGGAAAAAAUCACCCUGUAUAGCUGAGACACUUUGAAUUAUUAUUAAUGUACAAAGAAUUUGAUGCCGAUAUCGUCAUGUAGCCGCGCGUGACUCAUAUUUUUAAAGACAUCAUCAUCAUAAUAAUAAUCGAUGUCGGUCGAUUUUUCUACACUAAACGACCGUUUUUCGAACGAACCGAUGAUGAUAAUAAUUAUAUGGGUAGCAGUUAAUAUUAAUUUCCGACGAGAAUAUUUCUAAGGGCUACAUACCCGGAUAUGAUAUAUGAUUAUUAUUAUUAUUAUUAUUACGGUAAACGCCGUACGCGACAAGAGAGUAAAGGUAUUAAAACGUUAUAUUAUCUCGUAAGUACUCGAGUCUGAAACCCACGCGGAUAUUGUCGUUCACAUUCCGAAUAUUAUUAAUUAAAUCUAUACGGUGACGACAAAGGGCCUCCUGGGGAUAUGAGUAUCAAUUUCAUCUAUUCGCGUAAUAUAUUACUAUAUAUGCUCACACUCGAAUUAUGAGUACUCUGACGGAAUAUUUCGAUUGAAUUCGAAACCUUACUACGAGUAUAAUAUUAAUGUAGUACUUACGUCUUUUCGUUUUUUUUUUAUGUAUACAGAAUUUUGAUUUAGGAUUUAGAGUAUUGGCGCCGUAUAUUAAUCGUGAGUAUAGGUAUAUCGAAUGCCACUCGAAUCGUACCGAUAAUAUUUAAAUGUUAUUCGAAACGUCGGAACGUAUAUAAGAUUAUUAUAUUUUUGAUCUCGUCUGCGGAAUCGUCGUCGAUUUAUUUUGAACGCGAGACGAUGAUAUUAACGAGAUACGUGUAAUUAUUUUUAAAUUGUGGUAUUUCACAUACCUACUCAUAUCUCGCUUUAAUAAUUAAACGAACGGCACAAAAUUUGUCUUACUGAACGCCAGAUUUUCUACGCCAUACUCUUUUGUAAAACAGAGAUAGUAAACGCGGGUGUUGCGUCCUCUAAAUAUUGCAUAACAUGAUAGCUUUUGAAGUGAAAAUCCGAAUAAUCGAACAGUGACGUUAAAUAAUAUACUUUACGGCUACGGCCUACUUCUUUCCAGUAAAAAUAUUCCGUGAAACUUCUUACUUAUUUAUCAUAUUCUACCAACACACUUUGAUGUUUAUAGUAUAAUUUUUUUUUGGAAAACUUUUUUUUUUCGAAAAACACAUUCUAACGUAGUGAAAAAUGUUCGUAAACUGUGCAGGGACCGAAAGUCGAUCGUUUAUUGAAAUACGGCACUGCAAAUUACGAUCGAAUAUGUGUACACCUUCUUUGGACGGGUAAAAUUCCCAGGAUUCAUAGUAUAAUAUUGUAAUGAUACAAUUCAAAUGGCAUACGAUAAUACAGUUACGUAAGGAUGUUUUUGAUGAUUUUUUUUUCAUAUUUUUUUUUUUUUUUAACGCCUUAUUCAAUAAUGAAAGUUAUUGUUUCAUUUGAAAAUAUAUCUCGAAGACCACAUGGUAUCACGUGAUUGAUUUAAUAACACGAUAUUAUAUCAUUAUGUGUUAUAUAUUAUAUUAUGAUGUUGCAGACAUUUAAUCGCAUCGUCCUUGGCCGCGCGUGUGUCGUGAGAAAAACCCUUUUGUACCCGGCUGAGUCUUUUGUAUUUAGGACUUGAAUCGCAGAAUAAUAUACACAUGACGAAUUUAUAUAUAUUCGCCUCUAUAGAAUUUCGAUGUGCGUUUCGACAAAGAUAAUAAUACGGUUUUUGCUCUCAACAAUAUUCUUUCAAAUUAAUAUUACGGUUUGAUUAGUAUUGCUGGCGAUCAUGACUACAAUAUAUAUUACUACCUGUAUAUAUUAUACACAUAGGUAUACCUACCGAAUAAUGGAAAUUCUUCGCCGAACAACCGCCCCGGGAGGGACAGCGACGAUAAGUUAAAUAAAAAUCGCCAAACAUACAACAUAAUAAUUAUAACAGAUUCUCCAUUUUUUUUUUUUCCUAAGUAUAAAGACUUAUUUACCGUCUGCCCGCCAUCUGGCAACACUUGGCUAUGCUUACACUUGACGGGUAUUAUUUCUCCUCUAAAUGUGUGUAUAUAUAUUUUUUAUUUUUUCAAUAAAAUAAUACGAGUACGAAGUAUGUGAGGACAGUGAUUAAAGUGAGGAAAACUUCGAAAGAGGAUGUAUAUUUAUUACAAAUUUAGGAACGUUCUAGAGAAACAAUUAAUCCCAAGCAACCAAACUUUCAGAAAACCCAUUAUACAGACAUAAGACUUUCAAAACGUAUUUCACCCACACUCAUAUUUUGUUCAUAAAACUGUUAUGCUAAUAUAGGGUUUAAAAAUAAACCGUACACCCUCCACCCAAAAAAAAAUAAAAUAUUAUCUAACUUAUAAUAUGUCCGUUUAUUAAAAAUAAAUUAAAACAGAGUCGGAUUAUGUAUAGAAUCCAGUAAGUAUUAAAGAAUUUGUUUUCAAUAAAACUAAUUCGAGUUUUUAGCAUUUCAUUAAAAGUAUCUCAAUUUACCUUAAAUAAAAGGGGAAACUCCACCCACAAUAUAUCGAUUUAACAAAAUAUUGUUCGCGAAUCCGUUUAGUACAAUAAUUUCCAAUUGAAUUAUUACAUAAAGCAUCGAAUGCAUAAAUAACUAGGUAUUAGCGUGUUUUUUAACUCUGUUUCUUAACUCUUUAUUCACUCUACGUCAAAAUCUUAAACGUAAACACUUUGAAUGGCAAAAUCGUGAAUGACAAAAUCUUGAACAGUAAAAUCUUGAAUAAAUAAUUCCAGCAAAAUCUUGAACGGUAAACUCUUGAAACAACAAUAUCGGGGAUCUAAUAGGUAUCUAGUAGAUCAUCUUUUAAGGGAUAAAAAUUAACCGGUUCAAGAUUUCGCCAUUCGAGAUUUUGCCGGCUCAAAGUUUUGCUGUUCGAGAUUAUUUCGUUCAAGAUUUUGACGGCCCCCCAACCUGUAUACAAGUAUUAUACGGAUUUUCUGAGUCGCGUUGAUUAUCAUAAUUCAAUAGCUCGUAACUCUUGCAUAUACAUUUGAAACAAUCUGUAAUAUCGGUUGUUAUUAUACUCGUAAAUGGUAACGUGAGCGGUAACUUUUACAAUAUGCGUAUAAUAGUAUUAUAACGAAAUACUCGCGUUUAAUAUUAUGGUUGCAGUAACGUAGUCUUACGGUCGUGAUCAAACAAUCAAAAUUAUCAAUUCUACUGCACACGAUGGGAACGAGAAUGACAGGUACCUACUUACCUAGGCAGGUAUACACGUAUAACGUAUUAUAUUCGUAGAGAAAAUUAUGUGAACCGCAAUAAUAGACGUUUUAUAUAAAGGGAGACGGCAAAAAAUUAACAUUUCGUUCGUGUUAUACAUUUUUCUUAGACAAUCUCAAGUCGUGGCUGUUACUACGGGUCGAUAUAAACACGGGAAGAAUAUUCACAUUAACCAUCGCAGUACCUGACUACGUUUUAUUCUUGUAUACAUAUAGGUAGUUAAACAAAACAAAUUAGGUACCGACACGAUUAUCAACACUAUUAGCAUAUAGUUAAAUAAAUACGAGUACACAAAGCGUAUCGGGUUUAAAAUCAAUAACUUCGAUGCGAGCGUUCGUGUGUUCGUUCGACUAACGUGUGCGUAUCGCACACGUCAAUAAAAAUAUAAAUGCACGAUUCCUUCGCAUUUUACAAAAAUACGCAUCUACAUCCACCUAUCCAUCUCCAUUCGUUAAUUUACUGCACGAGUCCUCGUACCCGUGCUUGCCUUAUAAUAGUAGUUAGUUUUUCUUCGGUCUAUCAUGCACUUUUCUAGUUUCCAUCCCGGCUUAAAUUGUGUUUCCUAUGGAAGUUUUGAGAGACACGAAUACCAUAUGUAUAUGGUGUAUACUAUGCAUGCACUAAGUAAAUUUUGUAUAUAAGGCUACAAAAUUAUUUUGGGCGACAUCGAAGCCACUGUGAUUUUUCCGAAUCCGAUUUCAUUUGCAGUGUGUCUCCUUCGAAUAAAUUUCUCUUGGCCAUAUUAUUAUUACCUGCGAACAAAUUCUAGACUAUGCAUAUAAGUCUUCAACUUAAAAUAUCACCGUCAGCGUCUCGUCAUGGUUUUAUGGUUAGGUUAGAACCAUAACCCGUUGUUAUCGACCACACCGUCGUGUGCAAUAGCUGGUACGACGCGGCCACCGCAACGUUUUGUCUUCUGAACAGUCGUAACCUCGUUUCAAAAGUUUAACGGUUCGGUCACGCGAUUCACACUAUACUACACACACAAAGAUACGCAUAAUAUUACAAUAUUAUUAUAAACGAAUGCUUUUGAGCAUUGUUCCUUAACGAACCUCAUGCGAGUGUUUCAAUUUACGCGUAGCUAUGUGCUUAAGUUUUUAUUAAAAUAAUCGUUAUUUUUAUUUUUUUUUUUUUUUUGAAACUGUCGUCGUCGUUUCUAUUUUAACACGUUUUUGACCCACAGCCCAAUACUAUUAAGUAGUGUGCGGCCACACGCAUAAACCAUAUUUGAAAAAAAAGUUUCCUCGCCAAGUUGCAAAACUUAAAAAAUGUACCUAUAUAAUAUAAUUUAUAUAAUUUUUUCAUUUGUAUACAUUGCUUUUUUUAGCAUACCAAAAAUGAAUAAUCAAUAAAAAAAAAAAUUUAAUUUUCUAAAAUCCAAGAGAUGUGCAUGACACCAUGAUUCGUGUAGAAAUUUAAACUUACAAAAUCGGGGAUUCGGCAAUUUUAAUAAGGAAUCCGAAGUUCCUGAACUAAAUCUAAGUCUGAUGGAAAUGUUAGCGGCACCUAAAGAAUUAAUCCGCUGAAAAAAUGGCUAUAUGCUGUGCUCAAAUUGGAGGGGAGGAAGAUAUGUGUUUCAUUCUAAUUUCCGACCAAAAUAGUUCUUUAUUUAAUAUCUGGAAUAAAGCGUACAUGGUACGUAGAAUUUUAAUGCUUUUAUACGAUACGAUCUAUUUGUUCCUCAUUCCUUUUUGGCGCUAGUGUCUUACACCGGAAAAUACGAUAAUCCGUAAUACCGUUCCUGCACCUAUGUAGAUAAAGUACGGUUAAAACGUUCGUUUUGGAUAAAUUGGUCAUCGAUUUUUUUUUUUUUUUUCCGUCAGAUUUCGGUAGAUCGAAAUGUCCUUAUUGUAUUUAUCGUCACUCCAAUGUUCAAUCGUUAAUCGUAUUCGCACGUACAAAAUAAAAAAUAAACUAUACUUGAAAAUAUGCGCAUUAUUCUCGGGCGUAAGACGAAAUGUACGUGUGCGCGUGAUACCUGGUUAUCAAUACUUAUCUGUUGCCAACUCGACGGUAUUAUAGUAUUAUUACGAGUUAUUAAAAGAAAUAUUAUUUUGGGAAUUGAGUAGGAUUAAGUGGGUUUUAUAUUCACUGUUGGGCCAUGACAUUUGGGUAAAUCUGUAUAGGCUAGUUAUCGCGAGCCGACAACGAACGGGUAGAAACAAAUAAAAAUAAUUGAGAAAAUGAUCAAACCGUUUAGGUUUCUUCGACUGCUGUGUAAUACGCUCAAGUGCAUAUUAUAUAUGAGUACCUACUAUAAUGGCGGUAUACAAUUUUUAUUGUAAUUUUUCAUAUCACGGUAUGAAAUUUAAUCCACGUCAUUUUUUUUUUUUUUUUUAUCGACUCGCAUUUCAGAAUUUACACUACAUAGUCGACUUAAAUCCAAGGAAAAAUACGCGUGUAUUAUAUAUUUUGCUUCGAAUAAUAAUGUUCGUAAUUGUUUAAAAUUUAAAAAAUUAUAUUUCUACACACACAUAUUUUGACCAGUACAUAACCCAUUUCUUUUUCUGUUAUCUAUUUAGUAUUUUUUUUAUCCGCCGAAUGUAAAUAUUUAGUAUAAACAUCGUACUAAAUUAUUUUGUUCAAAAUAAAAAAUAGUCAAGUGUACACUAACUUGUAGUUUAUCACUUCAUUCAAAUUACAAAACAUUUAUUAUUAUUAUUAUUUAUUUUUUUUAAUUAUUCGAUUUACUAUAAUAUUAUGACGACGACGUUCAUACGAACUAGCAAUCACCGCAAUUACAGCAAAUUCGUAUGGCUGACAUUAAAACAUUUGUUUCCAAUAAUGCCAAAUCAUGUCAUUGUACUAUUUAUAACGGGUUAAAGGUACCGUCAGAGGAAGUGCGUCAAUAAUUUAUCGAUCAAACCGCUUGGAAAUAUAACUUGCACAGAAUUUCAGAAUAGAAGCAUAUUAUAUAGAACUUUUAUACUUGUAUAAUAGUACUACAGUCGUGUCUAAAAUUCUGCAUACUAUAUUUCACCGAAAAUUAAUUCAGAAAUAUUUCAUUUAGCGAUUUUAAUAGUUUUAUUUUUUUAUUUUUAAACUGCCACGUAGUUAGUUUGCCCUUGGAUUUCAAUAUAUUACGCUCGUAUCCACGUCUUAUUAAUUAGAAAUGUAUCGUAAUAUGAACACCGAGUACUGAAUUUAAAAUGCAUACAUGACAAUUGGCAAUACGAGUGCUAUUACCUAUUAGACGUUUAAUAUUCAUUUCAACCAGACUAAACUCGCAGUGACGCAGUACCCGUCAAGUGGGAAUAAAAAUAAAAAAUGGCUCAAAAGUAAUGAUGUAACAUACAAUUCAAGAUUAGAGUUUGUUAAUAUUUUAUUUUCAGUAUUGUCCAAAAAAAAAUACACCCGUUAACAGCACAACUUUGUCUCUAGAGCAGAAUUUUUUCUCACCUAUUUUUUAUUUUAGAAAUAUUCUUUAAAAAACAAUAAAUAACUGGUUACUAUACAUAGGUAAAAACUGUACCUUGUAUGGUUGAACCAUUAUAUGCAUAGAUGCAUGUUACAAACUAUCGAAUGUUUUAACAAUAUAACUCACACCGAAUUAUGAAAAGAACACAAAUUGUACGUUAUUAACUCUAAACGACAGUUUUUUGAACAAAAACAUUCACAAUUAGAUAUUAGAUAAUACACUGUACUUUUUUUUACAUGGCAUAAGUUGUUUUUUUUUUCAAUUCUUUUCUAUAGAUACCAAACUAUUAUUGUUUGUCGGUAGAACUAUAAGACAGAAAUAUUAGUGGUUUCAGUCAUUUUACCUAUGGAUUAAAUAAAAAUAUGUCGUAUUAUAUUUUAACAUAUAAAGUGAAGUGACGAAUUAAUGCCUUCUGUUGGUUAAUGGGCAUACCACGACCCGGACCCCGAUCAAUUUGGUAUUCAUCGAAAAUUGAAAUAUCUCGACUAAUAUAUAAUAUAUAUAUAAUUAUAUAUGACUAUACUUCGUAUUUUUGCAAUAAAAAAAAUAUGAUAAACCGGCCCCAUUCAAUUCGCGUAAUCAACGAAUAUUCGGAAAUUUAAACGUUAACGUACUUGAUAACUGAUAAAAACUACCUACCUAAUUAUUUCAGUUCAAUAUAUUGACUCACAGGUUUGUCUGGGCUAUGAUAAUCUAUUAAUCCUAAGCAGUGGUGGAAUAUUUUUUUACACAGAGGCGGGAAGUGUAUUUCUAUCUAGGGUAGACGCUAGAUCUAUCCUUCAAUUAUAGCGUCGACCAGCCAGUAGCGUAUUUAGGAUUUUUUCAGUCGAAAACAUAUUUUAAUUUUUAAUAUCAUGAUAACGUGGUAACAACUGUGUAUUUCGAUUACUGCAGUACCUUAAAAGUAUGAUUAUUAUAUUUUAUUCGCUAGUAUCCGUCGUUUAUAUUACUUUUAACUAAUGAGACAUGAUAAUUUUACCACCAUAACUGUGCAUUUUACACUAUCAUCAUAAAUUAUAAAAAUACAGUUUUUUUGAUAAUUUAAAAUUAUCAAUUAAUAAUUGAUAAUUAUACAUUAGGUAUAAUGAAUAUUAUAAUUCAAUAAGAUAUACAUGAAAAAAGUCAUGGGAACGGAUCUAUCCCAAUGAUUCGCUCCCAUAAAUACGUCACUGUAACCAUUAAAAAUUCCUUAAAAAAUGCUCUGAAAUAUUUAAAUAUGUAUAAUAUGUGUGAUAACGCGAUCGCGUCAUAUAGCACCUUGAUAAGUAAUAUUUAUAAUAUUAUUGUUUUUAUUAUACGAGUGAAAAUUUUUUACAGACUUAUCGUAUUGAUAAAUAUUUCAAAAAACAGAAAUACAUUAAUAGUUUAGCAAUGAUUAAUAAUAUCAUAAUAGUAUAUUAUGUGACGAUAUGACGUUUUUUAUUGUUAUGAUAACAUCACGCGUGAAAUAAAUGUUCGAUACCGAAUGUGCGUUGUAAAAGAAUUUUGAAAACCAUAUUAUGCAGCCUCUCGUUCUUAAUAAAAUUAACGAGUGUUAUUGCUAAAACAAUAUUUAGUGCAUUUCUAUAUAUAUAUUUUUUCCAGAUUCUGCAGUGUAGCGAAAUUACAGUUUUAUAUAUUUUUUCUCAUAUGAAAAAUACUUUUUCGGAAGGGAAAAAUACUCUGAUUUUUUCAUGCCAUGUCUUAAAAUAUUCGAAUUUUUCGCUUGAUAGUACUUUAUUUAAAUAAUUUGUCAAAAUUCCUACUACUGUUUCCAAAAAAUUGCUUUUUAUAUAUUAACCUUUGGUUAGGCUUUUGCUGCAAAUCAGGGUUACUUCCCGACAACAUGGAUGGCGUAUCCGUGAGAAUUAUAAACUUUUAAAUUUUUUAUUGUUUUUGACGGUCGAAUUGAAAAAUUAUCGGUCGGAUUUAUAAUACUUUCAAAUUGUUAUCUUUUAUUUGAAGUUUUAUCUAUGUAAAUCUAUCUAUGUUCUUAUAUUUCAUCAUUAUUCGGCGGCAGCCAGUGAACACGACCGAAAGAAUAAACCACGUACAAAAAAAAAAAUUAACCACUGCCCGGAUAGAGGUUAUAGGUAUUAGGUCUCGGUCGUCGAAGGACAAAUCACACGACUCUUCCCAGGAAAUAACGAUGAGUCGUGAACCAAGAUAACUAUAUGGAAUAUCAUUGCUCUGCUCGUGAUCGGUUGUAGGCCAAGUGCAGUGUCAAAAAACCGUUGUAAACCAAAAAAUAAAACCGGGCAUACUUCGAACUAAGAUUAGUAGCCAAUAGGUAUAUUUAUAUAGGGUAAUUUAAUUUAUAUAAUGAUAGCAACUAUAAACCGUUGUAUUCAAAAAAAAACAAUUCUAAGCAGUAUAAGUAGUUUUUCUCCUAUUAAAAUAAGCCAAAGUAAUCCGGAAAUCAAUGAAAAUAAAACCGAUGUACCUGCAUGUAUCGACAUUUGUUGUCAGUAUUUUAAAAAUUGUACAGAAAAACUGCUGAAAAUCUUAACAUUAGGUUACGAAUAAAUAUUAACGCCGGGCGAAAACUCGGCAUUUUUUUAAAUUCGACACUAAUAAUUUGGAACGUUUUUGUUGAUCAAAAAAAUCUUUCUCUGAAGAAAAUCCAAAAAAAAAGACCACCGAGCGAAAAAUCUGCAUCUCUUAAAAGAUGUGGGCCCUAAUUAAAGUAUGUCGUAAAAGAAAAUCUGAGCAUUUUAUUAAUCAAAAAAAAACCUAUCUUAGUAAAACUAUAAUAGCUUCGUUAUACGGCUAUGAAGUAAUAACAAAUAUCGUAUAUUCCGGGGCCAACAUUGGGUUGCGCUUAAAUGUGCAAAGGUCAGUUCAUACAACCGACGCCGCAUCUCUUAACGAAAUGUUCGUAUCGUCGAACGGCGAACGAGUACUUUAUUAAUUUUAAUAUGUUCUUGACGCGAUUUUACCAUUAAGGUCUAAGGACAUAACAAAAAAAAAACAACUUUAACACUGUCGAAAACAUUAGACCCUUAUUGAUAUUACGCGCACGCGGGAAACCACUCUGGGCGUCGCCAGACGUUUUUUUUUUUUUACAUAAAAACUAUAUGUAUAUUUGUAUUCAAACUUUCCUCAUAUUUAACCGUUUACUAAUAUUAUAUUAAGACUAAUAAACAAAAAUAAUAUAUAAAUAAAUCACGAUACGUGAAGUAAAAUACGAAUCGCAAAGUUUUAUGUAAUUAUAAUAAUAUGAUAUAUUUCUGUGGCUCUUUAAACAAUUUUCCUUUCGGCCGCGAAUUACUCGUGUAUAAUAAUUAUUUUUAUUAAAGUGAUUUCGUAAUUUUUUUUUUUUUAGAAAAAUAUUCUAUUUGCGAAUUUAAGCGUACUCGUGGAAUUAAAAUAAAAUAUAUUUAUAUAUCCUUUUAUAAUAAUUUCAGGAUAAUGUUUAUAAUAUCGCAUUUUAACAGAGGCGUGUUAUACUAUACUAAUAAUUAAUAUUGAUGACGGUCUUCCAAAUGUUCUACGACUUUUAAAUUUGAACACUUUAAAUUUUUUUAUACAUUUUAAUGGCUACCUGAAUGAUGAAACAUUUCCUACUAAUCUACUGUGCGAUACCCGUUUAAGGGAAAUGGUGGUAAGCCUGAUUAAUAUGGCAUUUUAGACCAAAAGCCAAACAAAACUGGGUUGGGUUUUGAACCCAAAACGAAAUUCGAUUUUGAAAACGUACUAUGAUCCUUCGUGUUUUUUAUUAGGCUACGUUGGAAUUAUUUUUGUAGAUAUUAAUUAUCUUUAUCACAAGUGAAACCAUUGCAUUUAUAAAAGUAAAUUAAAAAAUAUAAUCAAAUUGCUUUAUUGCAAUUUUCAGUAAAAUUACAUUUCUAUUACCAACAUCUAUAUGUUAAAAAACUUAAAAAAUCAUAAUCUCAAUUCAUAAAUUUCAUAGAAAUCAUAAUUUCAAAAUUGAAAUCCGUUAAAUACAAUUAUUACGGUUUUGUUCGGCUUUCAUGUGUAAAUAGACUAAAAUAUACACAGUCACUAAUUCUUCUAAUGCAAUUAUUAUAUCCGCCUUUUUGUUCAAAUCUAACUGAAUUUGACAUAGUACCUACAAAAAUAUAGUUUUUUUUUUUAAAGAAUUAUAAAUACAUAUUUAAGUAAAUAAAACGCUCAACUAAUUAGACGCUUACUAUAGUAAUUUAAAUAUCAAACAAAUUUUAAUCGACUAGCUGUACAGUAUAAAAUAAUGGUGCUGAAUGAUAUAUAAAAAUAAAACUAUAGACGCAAUUGCUAAAAAUACUUCACGCGUUACGUACAAAUGUACAAAAAAUCACUUUCUGGCGUGAGUAUUCUGCGCGUUUUUGUAAUUUAUUUAUUUUUUUUUUUUUUUGUGUUAAUUCUGUCCAAUCCGUAAAUUUCAAUAUUCUGGAACACAUAAUAUUUUACUAUACAAUUUUUUUAAUAAAAUCUCGACUAUCUACUAAUACAUAAUUGAACAUUUUCGCUCUCUUAAACCGUAAUGCAAAAUACAUGACGAUCGUAUAAUAUUUUUUUUAUAAUCUAACCACACCACAGUUUAUGGAAAUGUAUACGGAAUUCGUGAUAAUAUACCUGGCAUACUGAAUAUCACGUUGCUCGCAUUUCAGCGGAAUAUAUAUUCCCAGUGUACAUCAUAUAAUGUUCUCCAUUUACUGACAGAAAAAAAAAAACUUGUUAUUUUAAAUACAAUGUUAUACAGAUAUAACCAUCAUAAUAUUUAUUACGGUAAUUAAGGUAAUUGCGAGAAAAACCACGAGGGGGAACACAUUUAUUGUGCGAAAUAUUUUUAAUAAUAUGGAAAUUAACAAUACUCAAGUUUUAAAUUUUGAGCUGAGCUAGGAAUUUAUUGGGUUUACUAUAUUGGGCAUCCUAUGAUGUAUGCUUUAUUCUCUCCGUCUGUGAGCAACUAUUCUACUAGAAAUCACGAUACAAUCAAAAAAUAACAAGAGACAAAAAUUUAUCUAUUUUCGGAGUAUUUGAGGUCCAAAAAUUUUCAUACAAAAUAAUUAAAGUAGAAUUUUUUAUAAAACUGUACAAAACAAAAUAUAAAUAUGAGCUCAGGAUUUGAACCUGAGACCACUGGGUUGGAAUGUAUUAUUAAUGUCAAUCUGCCAACGUAUAUUUAUAAUGCAUUGCACACCGAUAUUUUUUCGGAGUACUUAGGUAUUGAUAGAGACUGAUUUUUUAAAUUAUAUUCGAGAUUUAAAAAUUUUAAAAAAGGAAAACAUGAAAAGUGCUGAGUCUAUAACCAGACCGUAACUAAGUAAGGAAACGAUAGAAAAAAUAAUUUUGAAAAUUGGUGCAAUACUUUUUGAGCUUAUCCCAAAUAACGAAAAACACUGCUCUGUUUCUUUUUGUACAUAUACAAUAAUGAGAUGUUGGGUUUUAACUAGAGUUUUAAAAUUUACGGACAAUUUUAAAUCUUAAAACCUAAAACGAUUUUUUUUUUCUGAAAAAUAGUACAACCUAUAUGUCUUCCUUUUCCAAACUUUAAAAUAGGAUGCAAUGGUCUAGUAUUACUGAAUUUGGAUAAUGCACUUUGAAGACAAUAAAUAAAAAUGCAUAGAAUAUUUAUAGUUGUAACUAAAGCACUGAUUAAUGAAGAGUAAUGAACAUGGUUUGGAUUUUGAGGCAAUUUCAAUGAUAAAGACGGAUAUACUUCGUAUGACGAAUAGGCCACUGUUUUAGGAGAGAAGUCGGAAAUGUAGGAUAUAGAGGGGAUCAAUUUUAACGAAAAAAUUUCGGAACAAAGUUCGGUUAUACAUGUUUGAAAAGGUCGUAAUAUUGACGAUUUCCAUCAAAAUUUGACAUUAAAUAUUUUAUAAAACAAAAAAAUGUUAACAUUCCACAUUUUAUUUUUUUUUAACUACCAAUUAUGACUCUAUUACUAGCUUUGCAAUAAAUAAUUUGUUUUAUAUUAAUAUUAAGAUAUUUAAGCAAUCCGUAAUAAUAGAUUACAUUGAUAUACAAUAUAUUAUAAUAAAUAACCAAAAUGUUCGUGUAUAAAUGCGUAAAUUCAGAUAUUACCAUAUUUCCGGGUUUCUCUCUAAAAUGUACUCGGGCAAUAUUAUUGUGUCAUCUGCAAACAUUGUGUUAUAUUCGAAAUAAUUACCUUUCGUAUAUUUUAUCAAACGCUCAAAUUUAAUAUUAUCUGCGUUUUCAUUUGAUAAUAUUAAUAAUUAUUAGUAUUGAAAUUAUAACAUACAUAGUUCUAUAUUGAUACAAUGUAAACUGUGGAGUGUGCAUGACGUUUAGAAAUCGAUUUUAAGCUUCUAUACAAUGGAGAAAAUGUUUCAAAUGCAGCUAUAAACUUCCUUUUAAGUUUUGAACUCGAUAUUUGAAUUUAAUACGUAUAUACAAUAAUCUUACAUAAUAAACCGAAAACCAAUGCAUUUACUCCGCAGUAAUAUUAUUAACAAUAUUAAAUUAUCAGUUAUUCAAAUUACGAUUUUAGUUUAAAUAAUGAACAUCAUCAUUUUUAUAAAAAGUAUAUAUAUAUGUGUAUCGUUCGUUCGUAUUUAAUUGCAAUUUACAGAUGUAUAUAUUUAUCUUUACCUCUAAAUACAAUUAAUGUCCAUCGCUGUUCCACACGCAGCCUCCUCCAUUAUAUUUUAUGGUUUGCCACUAAUUUCAGUUUGUAUAAUCUUGGUUUUAUCCUCCUGUGCUCCAUGCAUAUUAUACUUCUCUCAUUAUACCUGGUGAUCAAUUUAAGUGGAUACACUCAUUAUCUCGGAAAGUAUUAACUUUUUACUGAAAUUUGUUUUCCAGAAAAUUUAAGAAACAAGCUACUCUACAAUUUUAUAUUUAUGUUAUUUUUGGGGGUAAAACCACUGUCUACUUUUGAUUUUCAAAUGGCAAUCUAUCUUAAAAUUUCAUAAAUUGAUCGAGUAAUAGAUAAAUUAUAUGUUGAUGUUGAAAUUUUCGAUUUCGGUUAACCCAUUAACGAGAUAUUCUACUUUUAAAUUUGAGUAAAGGGAGAGUAGUGAUACAUUAUUAACAUUAUGAAAACGACUAACUGAUGCUUUUACUACAGGUAAUUAUAUUCAAAUAAAAAGAUAGAUUCAUCUGUCUAUAACACUUUUUCUCUUAUACUUAGACCGUAAAUUGUAGUUUUAUGUUGAAAUUGGCGUUUAAAUAGAAAUAACAAAAUUUAAAGAGAAGAAUAUUGUCGAGAGCUUUACGUUGCUUUUUUCAAAAAGAAGCUUCAUAUUACCGUCUUCGAAAAUAUACUCCCCUUUAAAUUUAUGAUCAUAGUGCACCUAGUUUCCUAAACUGUAAAUGCACAUCAAGACUCAAGAGUGUAUUGGUUGUUACAUAUGGUAAAUUAUUGUCAAUUGAUAUUUAAUUUUUUAAUAUUAUUUAUAUUUGAGUCAAUCUUAGUCAAUGUGCAGGUUUGGAACGUAGUAACGAUUGUUUCAAUUUUACCAAUUAAACAUCGGUUAAAACAUUUAGUUUCAUAUUCGUUUAAAAUUCGUAUAUAAAACAGCUUUCAUCGUUUGCAGCAUUUAGGUUAAACAUUGGCCAUUUUAAAAAUUUAAAUGGCUGUUUUUAUCUAUCAUAUAUAUGACCGAAAUAUAACACGUGUUUUAACAAAACGGUAUACGUUGGUGUAUAGUUGGAAAACCAAUUUCAAUUUUAAAUUUAAAGUUUAUUGUACAUAAAUAUGUUUAUAUUUGUCAUUAUUGUACCAACAUCAAAUGAUUAUUUUUUUUUCGAUGAUUUUUUCGCAGCCGAAAUAGGGACUUCCGGAAGCGAACGUGGUCAUUUCGGGCCAUGGCAACUGUGCAAACAAUCGUACUACGGACGGACAAAAUGCGGGGACUUGAUAUCCCGGUUUCAUCCAGAAGGUGAGUAUUACAAUGACGGUCGUAUACCGACGUAGGUAUAACCUGGCUUUUUAUAAUCGUUUCCUCGACGCGGGUACGCGAACCGUGCGAAUCAUCGUCAGUCGAGCUUGAUAAUACUAAUAAUUACAUACGACUAUACGAGCGUGUCUACUUAUAUAUAUCAUGACAUUAUAAUACGAUGUUUGUCGACAGAAACCGUGAGGAUAGCCGGAUACUUUGCCAUAGCCGGUACGCUGUGUCUGGCCGUAUUCUGCUUGCUGAGCAUCAUUCAACUGGCGAUGGUCGUGUCCAAGGAAAAAGUCGUGUUGGCCUAUAGCAAAACCGUCAUCACCAAACUGGUGUUCGCGUUCGCAGCAAGUAACGCGCUUGUUUUAAAUAACUAUUAUAGGAUAAAUAUCAUUCUAAAUCAAGGACUCGGACCGAAAUAAUACUUUUCGGUCAAUAUAAUUUUCGUUGUUCUAUAGUUUGUUUCGGUUUAAAAGUAUAAUUUUUAAAAACGGUUUUCAAAUCGUGAAAAUCGGUAAUUUUGUUUUUUAAAUUCUGAGCGAACCGAGGAAUGUGCCUAUUGGUUUUACAAUGACAUUUAUUUAUUUUUUUUUUUUUCUGUGACUCUUUUAGUAGAAAUUCCAUUUUCGGUUUCGUUCAUGUACAUUUUAUGAUACAACCGAUGAAUGUAGUACCUUUUUUAACUGGUUUGAGUCCUUGCUUUAAACCGAGUUUUUACCAAAGCUGGGCAUUAACGAGUUAAAAAGUUAAUAAUUAAAUUAAUUUCAACUUCUAAUCUUGCUUUUUAAAGAUUUGAUUUUUUUUACAUUAACUUAAUACAUAAAGAAUAAAAUUUGAAUCUCAUCGCAACAAGUUAACGGUGUGUUAUUAAGAGAGUUUAAAACAGGUAUAGAUGUAGCAGGUAAUUUACUAUUGCUAAAAUAAUUUCACAUGUGUUUUAACGUUGAUCAAAAUAUUUCAAACCCCGGGCUUAAUCAUUUACCCUAUGAGAAUAACAAAUAUACAAAAAAAAUAAAUUCAGCUAGAGUUUAAAAGCUAAUUAAAAAUUAAAAUUUACUCUAACUUAUCUCAAUUAAUUAACAAUAAAAAUGCACUUUUAACUUGUCAACUUAAUAGGUUCUUUAACGAUUUUUUUUUUUCAUAUUUCAUCAAAUUGCCUGGAGCUUUGGUUUUUGAAAUAUAUAUCUAUAUUAUACCAUAACCGUAUUUAUAAUAUUAUUUAGCUCUGUUGGCGAUCAUCGCGGCCGGGUUGUUCGCUCUACAGACCGACGACAAGGACAACAGUUACCAAGUAACUAGAGGAGAAUCGUUUUAUAUGCAGGUGAACGAAACGAAUAUUAAUAUUAUACGAAUACGCCUACCUUAUAUUCACUGUUACAUUAUUAUCCACCGCCGACUUUUUACGCGGGAUUAUUCGAUAUAAUUAUAACCGUUGCUAUACAACUGCGACGUGUAUAAUAAUGUAAUCAGUCAAAUCCGUGAGAACCGUUGAGGAAAGGAAAAUCCUUAAAACGGUUUUUAUCGUUGUGUAGGUAUAAUAUUAUACCCGUAGAAUAUAGAAUAGCGUAUAUAUAACCUAAUUCAUGAGACAUGAUCUCAUUCUUCGGGUAAUAAUAACUGUGAGCGUGUGCGCGUAAAUUGUAAGUACAUGUUAUUAAAAAAAUAAAAUCUCGGAUUAAUAUUCGGUUCAGUUUUAUCGGUACCGAUAGUGAUGUACUACUGCUGUGGUAAUACAAAUAAACAAUAGUUAGUGUCUACAUUAAAUAUCAUAAUUGACAGUGUUUUAUAAUUUGUGCAAUACGUUACGAUUCGUAUCGACCGCACUAUGCCCAAAAACUGACUUAUAAAUAUUCACGUCUCGAAUAUCAUCUCGGUGUUUUAUCUAAUUUUUUUUUUUUGUUUUAAUAUUAAAAUAUUUAUCUCGUUUGUAGUUUAAAAACAUUAUCGACCAAAAACCAUAUUAUCUAAAAUAGAAAAAAAAAAUAGUAAAAUAAAUGUAAGUAUUUUAUAAAAUACGCCUCGCAUUAAUACGUAUAUAACAUGUACAUAAACGUGUGCUAUAAAAUGCCUAUACAUACCAAGAUAAAUAAUUAAUUCCAAUAAACAUAUAAUACCCAUAUAGAAUGCACGGACAGGAUGCAAAAACUGGGUGUUGAACGCUUGUGUCUCGCAUCGUUAAACCUCGGAUCGAGCCCAGUGUUGUAUAAUUAUUUUUAAGCCGUGAUAAAUAAUCGAAUUCAAAAAAAAGAAAAGAAAAAAAAUACAGGUACUAUACAGUGCUUUACAUAGAACUCAUAGUCCACGUGCAGUUUUUCAAUUAUUACUAGUGUGUGAUGAAUAAAAUCGGAUACGUCCGUUCAGAACCUAAACUACGGGUAGAUACAUGAUUAUGUUUAUAAUUUAUAACGUUAUUCUAAAAUUGCGUUAAGAGGAUAUUUUUCGUUACCGUCUUACAAACGCACGAUAUAGUUAAAACAUGUUUAUGCAUACUAGGGGCGGAACCGUAUUUUUUCGGGAAAAAAUUUCGUAGAAACCGUAUUCUGUCGGAAAAAUAAUUAGUCGGAAAAUUAUUUUUACCCAACGACAAUAACAUGCAGCCACAAACUGCUUAUGAUGAAAUUAUAUUAAACAGACAAAAUACUUUCCGACGAAUUAUUUUUCCGACAAAAUACUUUCCAACAAAUUAUAGCCCUCAAACACAGAACUCAUUUAAUUUUGAUUUUAGAGUAAAAACAUUUAUUAUAAAAUCAAAAAAAGAACAAUAUCCCAGAAAACAAGACGUUGCGUUUUUCCCAUUUUCUCUGAAUAUUACAGUAUAUUUACCGUUUAUAAAUAACGACUUUUUCAAGGUUUUUUUAAUUCGAUAAAACUUUUAAAAGAAAAAAUAAUAACUUUUUCAAAAAAAUGCAACGUCUGCCCUGCGGAAUAUUGUUCUAUAUUAGUUUUAAAAAAGUGCUUUUACUUUAAAACCAAAAUUAAGAGAGUUCUGUGUAGUCUGUGUAAGCAUGUUUUUACACUAUCUUAUGUUUGUUAGAAAUAACAAAUGCGUGUAUGCAUCCAAAUUUAACAAUUUACAUGUCUGUAUAGAUAUUUAGACUCUAAAUUUACUCUAAAUUUUAGAGUUAAUAGAAAAUAAGCGAAUGAAAAUAAAAUAGCAUUUUUUUAAAUUUACUCUAUUAUAUUUAUCUAUAUAAAUCUUUACUUGCCUAAUCAAAUCAUACCCCUUCUUCUUCGGUUCUUAUAGGUCAUUUAGGUCCAUUACAACAACACAUACAUGCUAUCAUCUAUCCUAGAGGGUAAGGUUAAACUGUACUUUUUUUAGACGAAUAUUGCUUUUAUAAAAAAAAAAAAAAAUAAAGGUAAUUAUCGAAUUGCACUUAGAUCGAAAAAGACAGUUCAAUAAAAGUAUUCAAAGUAUUAAGUACUAAGUACAAAGUAUAAAAAGCAUUUUUUGAACUAGUCAAAUUGUUAUUUUUAAUACAAUUAUGGAAUUAUGUAAUAAUCUAAAACCGAAACGGGAAAAUGGCUUCGUAUUUACAUUGGUUUACAUUUUUUUAAUAUAGUUUAAGUUGGUGACACUUAUACAAAGGAUUACUAAUAAAGUAAUGUGGGGUGGGAAAUGAGUGUUUUAUAAAUAUUUGAAUAAGAGUUUUUUCUUAAAAUAUAACGUUUUUAACCUAAGUGCAGUACGACCGUUUGAUUUACAUACGUAGUGCAAUCUGAUUACUCCCAUCCUGGCUAAUGUUUCUCCGCCUUAUAUUUCAAUUUAUAUUCGAUUAUUUCUAUAUUUAUCAGCUAUCCAUCUAUGUUUUAGUCUAUCCAGUGGUCUUUUGUAAACUGAAUUGUUAUUUUUUAAAAGAAUAUCAGAAUAAAAUUAACGAAUUAUUAUUAUUUUAUACAUUUACAGUUCAUUAUAUUAUUCUUAGAGAACGUUCUUAACGUAACGAGAUUUUGUUAAGUUCAAUCCGAAUUAGUCUUUGAGAUUAUAAAAUUACCAAAAUCAAUAUCUGGUUUUAGACAGGAUUUUAUUUGAUGUCGUAUACAAAAACCAAAUUCGGAAAAUGAUUGUUGAAUAACCAAAACAUUUCCAUUCAUAAACUAUGAAGUCCGGUAUCUCGGUUUUACUGUAGAUUGCUUCUAUACGUGAUUUGUUACCUUUAAAAAAAUACGAGUCAAGUAUCAUUAAAUUGUACCAGCGUUUCUUUAGAUAAACAUAGGAAUGAUGAUAAGGUGUACUUCGGAAAAACAAACGUAAUUGGUCAUUGUCUUUAAAAUCGGUUAAAAAUGCUAGGAGCAUUGAUAAUAAUAAAAUUUAAAAAAAAAUACUAUGAGCUCUGCUACUAUUGUAUCGUUACAUUCUGUAGUAUAAAUAUUAUUUAAACGAACAAAACAUCCCCAAAUAUAUCAAGAUAUCAUUGAACAACUGAGAUCCAAGUCCAAUUAAUGCGCGUGGAAGUUUGGGAGCUUAGACCCACUCCCAAAACAAAUCUAUGCCCCGCCCAAUUUAAGUCUUUAUCGAAUAACCAUUAAAUAUACAUAGUCAAUAUUAACUAAUAUUAUGAAAUGUUGAGCCGACCCCCAAAAAAUAUUUGGGUUAUGACGCUUAUGGUUAUAUCAGCCGCAUAAAAAUCAAUAUUAACAUACUUUUUUUUCUUUUUUUUUUACUCAACAGAUCGGCCUAAUUAUAUUAAACUUUUUGCUAUUUGUCGCCGCAAUAUACGAUUUGAUAUUUUCCCGUCGCUUGGGCGGUGACCCGACCAUCAGCCAUCGAGAUCCGUCCGGAGUGGAAGCCACCACGUUCAACAAUCCGUCCUUCAAGGAGAAAAGGUCAAUGAAUCCGAGUGAGUUAAUAAUAUUACACAUCGUGAAAUACGUAUUGCUAAAAUAUACGGAUAUGAUAAUGUCGUUAUAAUAAUACAAACGAUAUUAUUCUAGCUGUUUUUAUAAUAAAGAUUCGACGGUAAAUAUUUUAUAAUAAUUUGAAAUAUCGCGGUGUAGAAUGGGUACCUAGGUAUAUACACUCUUACUUUUUUUUUCGAUUUACGAAACCCAGACCGAUAAAACAAACGCGGUGUUGUAUAGUAAUGAAUUUCUCUUUAUUGUUUCCACGAUUUACUAUAAUAUUAUUUUGUCAUCAAAUAUUCUGUUUGACGAGUUAGGUAUUAUACGCCGCGUGAAUAAACUACCGGAAUAAUAAUACAGAGGAAUAUCGGAUUAUAGAAAAUGUUUACACGCGUUACAAUGUAUUUUUUUUUCUUUCUUUCUCUUUUAUCGGAUCCGUAGCCGACCGUUUGGAAUCGCUCGUAUUUCGUGACAAUUUUUUAAAAUUUAUUCGCCUGUAGCUGCUAAACUGCAGAUACCUCACAAAACAGAACGUUAUUCAUGGCUGAAAAUUUACCCGCGUUAACCCUCAUUUGGGCGUGAUAUUGUUAUUACCUAUUAUUUUGCAUUUUCAACCCUCAAUGUGUGUGUGUGUGUGUGUGUGUGUAUAUAUAUGUAUGUGAGAUAGUGAGUAUACGUAACGAGGAAAGUAACAUACACGACUAGAUACUUUUAUAGUAUUGACCUUCGUUUAAAAUCACGGGACCAAACCGGAAAAUUAACAAUAACCGAUUAUAAUUGUUUGCAAUACCAAACUAUUUGUUGGUUUGAAUUUCAGAUAAUAACAUAUAAAAGCCAGUCCUACGGAGUUAAAUAUAUAAUAAAAACGAUAUUUCAAAUUGUAUUCUAAAAAUCCGGAUAAUUAAAUAAAUUUCAACAAUUUUACCCCAAUAGGUAAUUUAUUAUAAAAUGCUCGCCAAAACCAUGAUGUAUUAUGAAUGUAUACCACAUAUAGCAUAUAUCAUGGCCGUCAUGCAAAAGUGACCUUGUAUAAAGAAAACAUGUUUAAAUUCCUUAUUUCAUCCCCGUACAUGUCCGGAAAAAGUUUCCAAGUGAAAUCAUAAAUAGUUUAGGAACCACUUAACACAUAAUAUUCUUGUUUAAAAUCAAAAUUUUAAAUUUAAAGAAGAAAAAUUAAUUUUUAAAUCACUUGAUCACUUUUUGCAUGGCAGCGACAGUAUAUGCCGCAUAGGUACAUACAAGUAUACAAGGGCAGCCAUACAGGGUGUCCCAUAAUGAUUCGACACUUGAAAUAACUUUUGUUCUAUUCGAUAUUUGUUUUUAAUAAUUGGUAUGCCUUCACACUACAUUGAAUAUAAUAAAACAUAUUUUUUAGUCGGGAAUACUUAAAAUAAAAAAAAUAAAAGUAACAAAACCAUUUCAUAAAAUAGAUUUUUAAAAAAUGUUUGAUGGUUGAAACUUUUGUUUAUUUACUUUUAUUCAUUGAGCACAUCUAAUAACAAGAAUCUUCUUUUUCAAGAGUUAAUAUUAUAUAAUAAUAGCUCUGACUACUAAUUAAAUGUUAUAAACCACAAUAAUAUUGACAUUUACAAAAUCUUCAAAAAUGUACAGACAACAAAUUACUAUACCUAAACAAAAGUUUCAACUACUAAAAAUUUUCUAAAAAUCUAUUUUACAAAAUGGAAAUUUUUAAUUAUUUUGAAAAAAAUUAUAGUACGUUUAUUUUUUUUACAUUUAUUAGAAUAUAGGUAUACAACCUCUAAUAAAGGUUAUAAUAAUCAGGUAUAUGAGCUAAACAAAUAAUAAUAUAAAUGACCUGAAUGUUCAAUUAGAGUAUAGCUACCCAGCAGUAACAUUCAGAACGGUAAUUUGUUAGGCUAUUUUAUUAUUAAAUUUUUUAUUAUUUUUUUUUUUUUUUUUUUCAUAUCAGUUUACUUAAACUGAACAACGAAACCAGUGUCUCUUAAAAUGUAUUUAAAUUUUAAAUUUUUUAUUUAAAUUUCCCGAUCUAACAAAAAAAAAUUGAUUAGGUAUAAUAUAAUAUUUUAACUGUAGGGCAGAGGCAUACUAAUUAUUUAAAAAAUAAAUAUAUUACAAAUAUUGAAUAGAAUAAAAGUUAUUUCAAGUGUCAGAUUAUUGUUGGACACCCUGUUAUCAGGUGUCCAUAUAACUUUUGCUCAGAUAAUAUGAACAGAUAUAUGAUUUUGGGUUAUUCGGCCAAAUUAAAAUCACCCAUAAAGCGGCACGAAUUCAAGGGAACAUACAAAUUUGUUUUUUAAAAAGCAACUGUGUAUAGUUGAUAAUUCAGCAUUUUCGUGAUGGUUGCAAAAUUCGCUUUCACGAUAAGUUUGAGAAUUAUUGCACUUAAAAACUUCAAAAAAAGCCUUAAAAAAAUGCGCUUUAAGCAAAUAAUAUUAUACCAAAUGGUAGAAGGGUUUAAGUGGCCCCUGUUUAACGAAUCUAAAUUAUUAAAUAUGAUUUUCUUACAAGACAAAUUAUUAUCAAACAUUUUUUUUUUGAUUAAAUAAAAUUGUACGUAUUAUAAAAAAAAUAACUUUGGGUUAAUAAUUUGUACAGCCUUAGGCAAUUGUAUUUAAUAAUAUAAAGCCGUUAAAAUGGAGGAGGUCAUUUAAACCCUUCUAAAAUUUGGUCUAAUAAUAUUCACUUGAAGUGCUUUUUUGACGUUUUUAAGAGCUUGUUUUGUGAAUUUUUCGUACAAUAAGCCCUGAAUCCUAAUAAUUACUAUCACGAACUAUAUCUUCGUGCGAACAUAUAAACAUAUAGUAUAAUAACUAUCAAACUAUCGUGAAAUAUCAUGCACGCGAGAUAGUUAUCGAUAGUACUGUUGUGAGACUGUACGAAUAUGAUAGUGUAUCUAUCGCCGUGUGAACGCAUACUAUCGCUCCAUAAUUUACUGUCGCCUUAUCGCACUUUUACAGACGUUUCUAUCGACAUUCGCUAUACAAUAACCGUGGCUUCUAAUACUUGUACACCUUUAAUAAUAUCAUCAAGUUACAGUUACUAUCAUAAUGUGGGCUAGGUUUUACGUUGUGCGAAAAAUAAAUCCAUAAAAAAAAUACGAGUAUGUUACAUGUGAUAUUAUUUUUAUAAAUCCUGUGUCCACAUUUUAAUGCGGCGACACUCUCCUUAAUGAAAAAAAUAUAAAAGCUCCACGUAUAUUGGGGUACACGGAAUUCUUAUUUUGCACGGUAUUAUGUGUUUCGCGUUGAUUUUAUCAAAAACACAGAUUACGCAGGCCCCGUAGACGGUAUACCACCUAAUUAGACGCGUUGGCUGUCGUCUUACAGUCGAGAAAUAUUGUAGCAACUUAUUAUGCACGAAGCGCACCGUUUCGAAGGAAUUAUAUAAAAAAUAAUACGUGCACAUGUCAUCGUAUAACUUCGUAUAUUAUAGGGAUGGUUGGGACGGGAAAAAUUACUAUCCAGUAAAAAUAAAUAUUUGGACAAAAACUUGGAUAAUUUAAUGAUAGAGAUGGUAUUAUAGUAGAAGACGCGUGAUUAAAUAGUAGAGUGAAUUUCGAUAGAGAUGGUUGUGAAAGUGUGACACGACAGUAAAAUAAAACGAUAUUAAGUGUCCGCACGGUAAUGGCGAUUCUCGCGAAAGUAUAACUGUCGACAAAAAUGCUUGCGAGAUAGUGUAACAUUUACUGUUACAGAAGUCACAGAAGUGUGACAUUUGCUCUCGCGAUAGUUCGGCAGUUUCUUUCAUCGUCUUGCUCACACGGCGAUAUUAAGCGCAUAAUAUAUUAUGAACUAUCCCGACAAUAACUGUAUUGUCGUGUGAACCGAACUUGAGCUGAAAGUUAAAUUUAAUCAAAAUAUCCAAAUACCAUGUAAUACAAUACGCAAUAGGUAUUUUUUUUUUCAGCAUUAUACAAAUAUGUACACAAUAUUGUUGCUUUAUGACAUACAACAGAUAAAUUUUCAAGAACAAUAUUUGAUUAAAUUUAGAAUAAUUUCAACAUAUUAAUAUACGAGUAUUAUAAUAUAUAAGUAGUAUAUAUAGCGUAUUUUAAUGUAAAGGUGAAAUAUUUAUUUUUAUUUUUUUUUUUUUUUUGCGCUCCCGGUCAUAGAACCGUCUUUUAAUAAUAAUAAAAAACGUACAUACUAUACUUUGAACUACUUAUGUUCGAAAUUCCAUGAUUAAAAAAAAUAAUGAAAACUCGUAUAUCCCAAACAAAUAUUUGUGUGUGUAUUUUGUUCCAAUCGCUAAAGUUAUUGUUACGACAGGCGAUAUACGUAUAGCAGACAACUGAUAUUUUAUUACAGAUUGCCGUAUAAAUUCGUUCGAAAAUGAUAUCCGGUCAAAAUAGCGAAAACAAUAACCGCGAAUGUAAAAAUCGCGAAUUAAUAAUGGCGAAAAUAAAAAUAGUAAAUUUUUUUGAAUGCAGAUAUUGUGUAACCAUAAUUUCUUUAAGUUCAUUUAGGUAUUUAGGUAUUAAUAAUUUGGGUAUUCAGUGAUAAUAGUUAAACGAAAAAUAAACGAUAAUUAUAGGUAGGUAUGCCGUGACAAAUUAUAUGCUACACCUUUUACAAAGUUCUUAAAUUAUAAUAAUUAAUUUAUACAUAAGUUUCAUUAUUAUACAUGAUUGAUUAUUUUAAAAUUCACUAUUUUUAUUUUCGCUAAUAUUAAUUCGCGAUUUUUACACUCGCGGUUAUUUGUUUCGCUAUAUUGGCCUAGACCUGUCGGAAAUAUCAAAUCGAUAAAAAACAAAUCGUGUGAUGUUUGAAGUUAUGCAUAAAUGCCGUAACAAAUGUUUUCUAAUGAUCCCGAAACUCAAAUGCACUCCUAUCUAUAUUUAAACUUAUGUGUUAAAACGGAAACGCGCCAGUGACGGCGAAGUACAGAAUUACAUGUCGGUCCCUCGGAAAGGUAAUUUAGACAGUUCUCACUGUACAUGGUGAUUCUUUUAUCAUGUGAUCCAAUAAUUUUUGGGAAAAUUUGAUGAAUGAAAUUCGAUUUCUGUACUUUACCCUUAACUCAAGCGGAGAACGACAUGUAUUUGUUGCUAUAAUACGCAUGAGACAGACAGACAGACAGAGAAAACGAAUUGAGUGCAGAGGCCCCGGUCUUAUACAAUCGUGUGCGGUUUAAUCACGUCCUGUGCUGGGAUUUCAGGAGGAAGCAGUGGCGGCAUUUCGGUGACCAACGCCAGCGGAAAACCGUACCUGAGUGGCGGUGGCGGCGGGGCCAACGGCAGCAUCAUGUCGGUGACGACGACCUUGAGCUCGAACGGGUCGACCAUAACGCCGGCUAUCCAAAGCCCGCUGCGGUCCAGCCUGAAGAAACCGCGGUCGGCCAACGGGAACGGGGCCGGCGGCGGCGGUCUAGGAAUUCAAAAUCCCGGGUUCAGCGGCACGUCACCCACACUGUCCCGGAACGGGAGCAUAAAAAAAGUCCGCAUACAGACCCAGAGCACGGCCGUUUAGAUUAAUAAUAUUGAAGUAUUAAUAUUAUUAAUUUCAAAUAAUAUUAUAAUAAUACGCAUCAUAAUAAUGUCGGGCUAUCAGAACGGUAGUGUAUUAACCCGAAAAAAAAAAUGGGAUUUUGAGUUAUACCGCUUUUCACGUGGUAAAAAUGCAGUAGUUCUUUACAAUCGUACUGCACCGCAUUUUUUUCGUAUACAUACACAAAUUUAAUAAGUUAAACGAGAAAACUUCUGGCAAGUUGGUCCGCUAAACAAACGUAUUGUAAAAAGUAGAAAAGUAAAUUUAGUCGUGAAAGAAUUUUUUUUUUUUUUUUUCACUUUUUAUAAACGAUAAUUUUAAUUUUAAGCUAUACAAAAUCCGAAAUUGUACGACGUUAGAUGAAACGCUUUUUGGCUCUACGGGUAUUUGAAAACGAGCUUAAAAUCUUUGAUUUCUCAAACCGCGGUUUCUCGAGUUAUUACACUACUGUUUUGAUAGUGCGAAUUAUGUAUUCGUAUAUUUUCUAAAUAUUAUCUGUAUAAUAGGUCCAAGCUCGUAUACGCAUAUUAUUAUUAUAACGAUUAUUAUUAUUAUUAUUAUUAUUAUUAUUGCCUAUAUUAUAUAUAUAUAUCAUUAAAAUGUCUUCGCGGAUAGUAAUUAAUGUUCGCCGGUUAUAUUCGUGUCCGAAAAACCGUACGGUAUAUCAUUUAUACGUUAUAAAUAGUGAGCGGAUUUUUAGGUUCUUAAAAUCAGAAAAUAUUCUUUUACCUGUAUAUUUGUUUUCUUUGAACAUGUAUUGUUAUUUUUCAUUCGGUCGAAAGCCCGUUCCGUUGUACUUAAUGCUGCUCGUUCGUGCUGGAUAAACCAAAUACAUUUUUGUGGAAACCUAAAUCACCGCUCUCUGAACAGGUGUUAACCAGGCCCGGUCCAAAUCGGUGAUACUAGGUUACUGUCGUGAAGUUCACAACCAUGACGAUUACUGUCGUCAACGUGAGACGAUAGUCACUGUCUAACCAUCUCGAGAAUAAUAAAGUAACUCGCCGUUGUGACUCGUAGUACGUAUAUUAUACUGUUAUCGUUCUAUUUUAUUAUAAUAUUACACUCGUGCAUAAUAAUACACUGUCGUCUGUUGUGUGUGACGGGUCGAUUAAUCAAAAUUCACUGUACGGAAUAAAUUCAUGAGAAUACAAUCCCGGUCAGUUUUCGGGGUUAAAUUUAACCGCAGAAUAUAAAUUAUCUAAUAAAAGAAAGAAAAAAAGUUACCCAUCCAAAGUUGUUAUUAUAUUUUAAAAGAUCACCGAUGAAUAAUGACAUUACACUUGAAAAUGAAUCUAUGUUACGGAAAAUAAUUAGGUUGAGCUGUUUCCUGAUAGCAAAACUAGGCGAAAAUAGCCUUCAUACCAUCGUCAGGCUUGCGACGUUUUCUUCCAUUAAAAACAAGCGUUCAAAAAUCUCGACCAACCAUUUCGCGUUUAGUAGAUUGAAAUUUUGAUUGAAUCACUGAGACUACUGAUGUACUCACUCCCGUCAAUUUGUGCACUGCAGAUGCUGCUUUACGAUUUCUUUUCGAUGAAUCGAACGAUAAAAAUUCCAUUCUCGUUAAUAAAACGAGAAUUAUUAUUAGUUACUUAUUAGACCGCACGUACCUACGGAGCAACGGCGACGUGCGAAAUUGAAUAAUUUAUUUAUAGCAGAAUUAUUUAUAGAAUCAUAUUUAAAACUAUUAUUUUUCUUUUAUGCUCUACUCGUUUUCAUAAUAUUUACUAAUUAUAUUUUUUUAUUUUUUCUGUAAUAUAGUAUGUACUAUAUUCGUUAAUACGAAAUCGCCAAAAUAUCGUUCAAAAAUAUUUUUUAUAUUUUAUAAGAUUCGAAUAUCAUUCCGAAAUCCCGCAGGAUUUCCAGAGUGGUUCAGGGUGGAAUACUCUAUCUGAAUCGGUUUAUUAAUACUGAAUUUAUAAAAGGGGCUAAGUCACAUUUUGCAAAAUGGUUUUUCGAUAAAUUCAUACUCCGUUGUUAUAGACGGAUCAAUUAUUUAAAAAAAAAAAAAGUCAAGUAUACUACGUUAGUUACUUCAAUUGACUAUAAUCAAAUUGGUUUGUGUAUGAAAUGUGUUGCGCAGCGCACGAAACCCGUAAAACUUCUGAAAGUUUUGGUUUUUACACUUGGCCACUUAUCAUAAAUAACCGAUUCGGCUAUAUCGCAACAAAUUAGUACCGUGUCACGUCUUCUCUUGCUAUCGUUCUAUAAUGACUAUUGUAUGCCAUAUCGUCUGGACGCGCGUCGUCUCCGCGACGGUUAUACUCGUAUAGUAUACUAUCGUGACAAUGGCAACGCUGACCAUCGACAAUAGUUUAGUAACUAACGUGAUCGUGUGGAACGGGCCCAGAGCAGAUUUGAAUUUUUCGGAUUUCAGAUGGUAUAACGAGUAUAACAAAGGUAGCCUAGCCUAAUAUUCACUCUAACAACGAAUAUUACAAUACGUUCACCCGCGAGACGCACAAUCACGCACGGACACAACCGUAGACGUAAAUAGGAGACGUGGGGGGGGGCUCAACCCCUCCGCCAGCUGUCUCGAGCCCUACAUAUCGUAUUGUAUACCAAUUGAUUCGGCGAUGAUAAUGCGCGUGCGUGCUCUAAAACCUGUCGGGCUCGAGCCCAAUAUUAUAAUGAUAUUGUGACAUAUCUACGUCUGGACUCUAUUUACGUCUAUAUAAUAUAAACAUAGUAAUAUAUUGCGCACGCGACAAACAUCGACACGACGCACCGAUUUUUUUAACAUUAAUUAUUAUUAUAUUUGUUUCGUAAUUGAUAUUAUUAUUAUUAUUAUUAUUAUUAUUACAUAUAGG